AUGGCGGCGGCGAUAGGAGGGCGAGCCGGCUCCUACGGUUCCUCUUCCUCGCCGGGGCUGGGCUCAGGCUACGGGGCUGCGGCCGCUUUCAACGCCACGAGUAGCGGCGGCGGCGGCGCGGACUCGCGAGCGGGUGGCGACGAGGACGACGGGCAGAAUCUCUGGUAAUUGAGGACGCCCCCCCCCCACCCGCACCCGGUCGCCUCGCCUCCUCAGAGAGGGACCGUUACUACCUGGUAGCUCCUCCCCAUUCCUCUUAUCCCCCCCCUCCCACCUGCACUCCAGUCCUUGCGGGCAAAGGUGCUUUCCUCGCCCUCCUUCCCGCACCUGGCGGAUUCCCGAAUCCCUUCCCUUCACACCCCGCCUUUUGUUUGUUUUUAAGUGGGGCGUCCCGUGAACGGGGGAAGGAAAAAAAAAACCUUCUAAUGCCCCCUCCGCCAUGUUGCUGGUCCUCCCUCUCUGAGGUGGGCGGGGGAGGUUUGUCUCUUCUUCCUCCCCCCCACCUCCCCAUUUCCUCCCUCUCUCCCCACAUCUCUCACGCCCCAUCCUCCACAUCUCUCCCCCUCUUUCCCCCCACAUCUCCCCCUAUUUCCCUCACCUCCCCAUCUCCUCCAUGUCUCCCGCACCCCCAUUUCUCCCCGAUCUUCCCCCUACACCCCAUCCCCCACAUCUCUCCCCCUAUUCCCCACAUCUCCCCCUAAUUCUACCCACCACCAUUUCCUUCAUCUCUCCCCAUCUUCCCCCUGCACCCCAUCCCCAUCUCAACCCCCCACUCUCUUUUCCCCACCUCCUCAAUUAAUCCAUCUUUCCCCCCCCACUCCCAUUUCCUCCAUUUCUCCCCCAUCUUCCCCCAACACCCCCCACAUCUCUCCCCCUAUUCCCAUCUCCCCCUAAUUCUCCCCACUUCCCUAUCCCCAUUUCCUCAAUUUCUCCCCCAUCCUCUUCUCCCGCUGCUUCUCCUCGCCUCCGCUUGACAGGAGCUUGUUUCUCUCCUGCUGGACCUUCUCUCCUGCCUCCUCACUGCCUUCCUCGUUUCUCUUGUUUGCCCCUGCAGGUCCUGCAUCCUCAGCGAGGUGUCAACUCGUUCCAGGUCUAAAUUGCCGCCGGGGAAAAACGUCGUGCUGCUGGGUAAGCGGCCCUUUCUUCUCCUCGCCUUGUUUCUGUUCUGUUUGGUUUUUUUUGCCUGCACGUCUCGUUUCCCGUUUGCGAUCGUUUUCAUUUGUUGUUAAUGAGGGCGGAGGGUGUGCGCGCCGAAUUGCUGGCCAUGGACCUCGUUGUGUUUGUAAGCUGUGCAGGAGGGAGGGGCAUCCGCAGUGGUUCAUUGAUCGCACUGUUGCCUUCCCACCCACCCCCAGCCUUGUGCAGAAACUGGCAGUUCUCUUCCGCAGAACUGGAAAUGCACUAUCGGCACAGGGCUUAAAUCCCUUUUCUGCUUAUUGUUUCUGGUUACAGCUGCAUGCUGUGUGGUACUUCAAGCCUGACUUCCAAAAUCCAUAGAGGCCUCUACUGUUUGUUGGCUGGCAGGCUAGGGGAAUGAGCUCUGCCCAUAUGCAUAAGGCCUGCCAAAGGCAUUGUUGUCACAUUAUGUGUCAGCAUCAGCCUGCCUCUCUGUUGCUCGCUUGCCUUAUACCCUCAUGGCUCCACCCAUUUGAUAUGGUUAGCACCUCCUUCUGUUUUUUCUUUCUUGGCACUUAGAGGUGUUGCUUUCAUUGGGGUGCUUGGGAGAAACGGAAAAUUGGGUGUGUUAGGGUACAUCUGCUGCAUCAGCUGGUUUAUUUUUGUUUCUUUGAUGGGAUGUAUUGUGCUAUCUGCAUCUUGUACUGACUGGUGCCCCUGAAUAGGUUCUGGGUUUUGUUGUUGGGGAAGUUAGUUCUCUUACUAGCUUCCCCUGCAACAUGGUGCUCUCAAUAAGCUUGUUGCUUGAAACAGUAAUCUUAAAGUGUUUAUGAGUAGACCCACAUGUGGGUAAUCCUUCCAGCUGGCUUUUUCAAGCAACUCCUGGCUUAGUUUUCACACUUUGGGAGUGACGUUGAUGAGAAUACUGUAACACUUGAAAUUCUACGUACUUGCAGUCCUGGUUGUAAAUAAACACACUACUGUACUACUAGAUAUUACAGAACAGCAGUGUACAAAAACAAGGAGGAAUUUACCUCUUAGUUUACUAGAAAAGCUUAGGAAGGAGAGGUGAUACAGAGGUAGGAUCUUCUCUUAUUGAGAAAAAGCUGUUACCCUCAAGGAUAGUUUUUAUAUAACCGCUUGAAACACAUGCUUUCGCACAGGCAUUUGAGGAAAAUCUGUUGAGUGGGCAUAACUUUUUUAUGCUGCUGCAGAGCACUUCAUUGGUUUAAUGAAGUUUAAAUUAAUUGUUUCAUAGUUUCAUUAUGUGUCUUUACUGCCCUGAGGUUCUAUGGGAGAAAAGGGGGGCAAUUUAUGAAGGUAAAUAAUAAAGUUAAAAACUGAGAGAAACACAUGGUUCUGCAAAACAUGGAGUAUAGAAUGUGAAAGGACUGUAGACAAGGCCAUAGAGAGAGCUAAAAAUACAUAAUGUUUCAUAGUCAUAAUAACAUGCUAUAGCCCUCUUACUUUGCACUACAAGUUUUUUGGGCAGAGAGAUUUUUAAAAAUCAAAAUGACAGAUAUUUAGCAUGGAUUAUUUACAUUAUUUCAUUCAUAAAAAACAUAGUAUGAACUCUUUUUUUUUUUUAGAGUUAGAUCAAAGAUCCAAACAUUCUACUGGUUUGUAUUCAACACUGGCUGGUCAAGUGCUUCUGGGAAAUUUGCAAAAAGAACAUAGUGGAAAAGCAUGAUAAUACACUGGAUUUAAAUUGAUAUUGCACUUGUAACUAUCAUGCCUUGCUGUAACCAUUGAUAGACUGAUGUUCCCAUAAACUUAACUUUUUUAAAAUACUGGUUUUUGUGCUAGUUUUUUAUGCGGCAGUGAAUUCAAUGAGUUAGUUAUGCAUAAACAACCAUGGGAUAAGAUAUGAUGUCACCCCACAGCUAUAUCUUAUGGGUUGGUAACUGAUUAAAGAAUAGGAAGCAGAGAACAGAAAUAAAUGAAUAGUGUUCCAAUGGAAGGAUAUAAGAAGUGGAGCCCCACAAACAUCUGUAUUGGGACCAGUGCUUUUUAGUAAGUUCAUACAUGAUAUAUUAGGGGUGAGCAGUGGGGUCACCAGGUUUGCUGAUGUCACAGCAUUAUUCUGUAAAAGCAAAAAGGGAUAGCAAAGAGCUCCAUGAGGACGUCUCCAGACCAGGUGAAUGGGCAUUAAAAUGGAAAAUGCAGUUCAGUGUAUGCACAUUGGAGCAAAAAACUAUAAUGUCACAUACACUGAUGGGGAGGCAGGCAAUGAUUUACCAGGAAAGGGAUUUGGGGCGUCAUGGUAAGUAGCUCGCCUUUACCCAUUGUGAAAAGGGCAAAUUAUCCAUUAGGUAAAGGAAUCUAAUUACUGUAUCUUAUAAUGCCUUUAUAUAAAUAUGUGGCACAGCCACACUUAGAAUAGUCUAGUCACUGCACCUCAGAAAGGAUAUUGAAGAGCAGGAAAAAGUGCAGAAAAGGGCAACCAAAAGUAUCAAGGUGUUGGAGCAACUCUCCUAUGAGGAAAGGUGACAGCAUUUGGGACUUUUUAGUCUAGGAAAAAAGUGAGCAUGGUUGACUAUGGAAUUUGCUACCACAAGAUGUAGUGAUGUCCACCAGCUUGCAUAAUUUAAAAGGGGAUUAAACAAAUUCAUUGGGGAUAAGACUAUAAAUGGGCAGUAGUUUGAUUGAGGAGAUAGUAUAUAGCCACCCGGGGCAAUAUGCUGCUGAAUACCAAUCACUGAUAAACAAUAGCAGUAGAGGGCUAUCACACUCGUGUCUUGCCUAUGGGCUUCUUAAAGGCAUGUGAUUGACCACUAUGAGAAACAGGAAGCUGGACUAAAUAGGUCUGGUCAAGCAGGGUUGUCAGUUCAUUGGAAAUUUAGUUCUGAGCAUCCUAAGUUUUGUAUUUAUACUCUCAGUAAUUUAUAACUUUAUUAAGCCAUUUAAUGUUUAUUUAUAACUUAUGCGAGGUGGGUGGCGCUGUGGUCUAAACCACUGAGUCUCUUGGGCUUGCCGAUUAGAAGGUCAGCAGUUCGAAUCCACAUGAUGGUGAUGAGUUUCUGUAGCUCUGUCCCAGCUACUGCCAACGUAGCAGUUUGAAAGCAAACCACCACAAGUAGAUAAAUAGGUACCGCUGUGGCAGGAAGGUAAACAACAUUUCCAUGUGCUCUGGCACUCGUCACGGUGUCCCGUUGCACCAGAAGCAGUUUAGUCAUGCUGAACAUAUGACCCAGAAAGCUGUCUGUGGACAAACACCAGCUCCCUUGGCUUGAAAAACAAGAUGAGCGCCGUACCCCAUAGUUGCCUUUGACUGGACUUAACUGUCCAGGGGUUCUUUACCUUACCUUUAACUUUAUUAAACCAUUUACUUGACCAUUAUUUUGUCUUAAAUUUUAAAUUAAGAUCUUUUCUAUGAGAAAGGUACUAAUUAUUUUUAUCAUUAUAGAUCCUUGUUAGAUAUGCAUGACUAUAGGAUGGCCAGUGAAGUUGUAAAAUGCAAUGUGAUGGUAGCAUUGCCUGCUUUAGUUAACCGGGGUCUGGUGUAGUCAAAAUGUUCACUAUUGCAAGCAUGCUCAAAAACUGGUCAUCCAAGGCUCCUCUUGUAUUGGGAGCAUUUUCUUUCUCUAUCCAUACCCCUCAGUUAAGUAUUUUAUUGGCACCAAUAUUAACUAUGGAGCUUGUCAGGUGCAACCAGAACAGUAGCCUCCCAGCAGCGAUGUCACUGCCGUUACCAGAAGGAAAGGUGUAGUUUGGGCUGUGUGGAUGCACUGGAGGCAGUACUGGAUGAGGUUGGCCAGUGUGGCCCAACCUUGCUGCCAUCUUGCCCCUUCCCUUCUCUGGCCUGGUAAGUGGCAGCAACUCUGCUGACACAGGAGGCUAUUGCUGCACCUCCACCCCACCAGGCAAGCCACUUUGGGGAGCUUGUCAGGGUUCGCACUUUACCCUAGUUGUAUUAACAGGGAACUCUAGCUAUCCUUGUGCUUAGUUUUGGCGGCGGUGCAAAGCUUCACCAUAAUAAAGAGAAGUGGAAUGAAGUGAUAGAGAGGGAUCUGGUGGUGGAGUAUGCAAUUUCAUGGCUCAUUCCCAAUCACUUAACUGUGCUUGUGAAGUAGAAAAGCAUGUCUACACUGGCACUUAUGAUUGUUCUUUCUUUUGAUUCAUGCUCAUCAAAUUGUAUUGGGUUUUUUUUUUUUAAUAAGAUGAUGUAUUAUAGGAGAGCACAAAGUUUAUUUUUGAAGUGUAUGUGCCUCAGAAUUGAACCUGUUUUGUUAAAAGGCAUUUUAUCUUGACUUCUUUUCCCCCUUAGCAUCUGAUUAUACUGAAAUUUUUAUUUACAUGAGGAUAGGUUAGGUUGUUAUAAGCACUACAUAAUACCAGCAGGCAUAUCUUCUGCUGCUACUCUUAUGACAUGAAAACAUAAGAAGAGCCUGCUGGAUUGGGCCAGUGAUCCAACAUCCUGUUCUCCCAGAUGCCUGUCGGAAACCCACAAGUGGGACCUGAGCACAAGAGCGCUCUCCCCCCUUUGAUGUCCAGCAACUGAUAUUCAGAAACAUGCUGCCUCCAACUGUGGAGGUGGAGCACAGCCACCUAAUAAUAAUAAUAAUAAUAAUUAAUAAUUUAUACCCCGCCCAUCUGGCUGAGUUUCCCCAGUCACUCUGGGCUGCUCCCAGUCUUGUGUUAAAAACAAUACAACAUUAAAUACAGUGGUACCUCGGGUUACAUACGCUUCAGGUUACAUACACUUCAGGUUAUAGGCUCCGCUAACCCAGAAAUAGUACCUCGGGUUAAGAAGUUUGCUUCAGGAUGAAAACAGAAAUCGUGCUCUGGCGACGCGGCAGCAGCAGGAGGCCCCAUUAGCUAAAGUGGUGCUUCAGGUUAAGAACAGUUUCAGGUUCAGAACGGACCUCUGGAACGAAUUAAGUACUUAACCACUGUAUUAAAAACUUCCCUAAACAGGGCUGCCUUCAGAUGUCUUUUAAAAAUAAGAUAGCUGCUUAUUUCCUUGACAUCUGAUGGGAGGGUGUUCCACAGGGCGGGCGCCACUACCUAGAAGGCCCUCUGCCUGGUUCCCUGUAACCUCACUUAUCACAAUGAGGGAACCGCCAGAAGGCCCUCAGCGCUGGAUCUCAGUGUCCGGGCUGAACGAUGGGGGUGGAGACGCUAGUAGCCAUGGAUAGCCAUUGAUAUUUAAGUUUCUUUUACACACUAAGGCCUAGGGCAGAGUAGGGAUGGAGGAGAUUUUCAUUGGGUUUGCAUUUUUAAAUGAAUUGACCCAAUUCACACAUCCUGGAUUAAUAAAUAAAUUAGACCAUAGUUAUCCUUCAGAGUUUGCUUUUCUCUAGUUCUCAGCUCAAAAAAGUACCUAAAUGCAUAUUUUAGCAUGAAAUAUGUACAUUGAGAUAAAUUAUGUAUUUAAGUACAAUUUAAAUGCAAUCUUUUGCACAGACCUUAAAAAAUGCAGGUCAAAGAUGAUAUGGGACAGAUCGGACUCAUGAAUAAACACAUGUAAAAUUGGCACAGACUGGAAAUAAACUCAUCUGUUCAUGGCUAGCACAGAUGUAACAAUCUCAAACUGAUCAACCAUGGUUUUAUCUGUCCAAGAAUUAAUUAUAUGGCUGCAUGUUCUUUGUGUUCCAAGAUUCAGUGCUGACAUUUUGGUUUAUUUAAGCCACUGUUUCCCAUUACAUCUUAACUGAGAAACUGUGAUUUUAUUCCCUGCUUCCUAACAUGGCAUUGAACUGAGGCAAGGGGUUAGAAGGGAACAUGCAGGAAUGUAUGUGUUCUUGGGCCAAUAAACGGUGGUGUAGCAGCCUAAAUUGCUUACAUCUCAGCUGAGCAGAGAUGCCUUGCAGCUAGCUUUAAAAAUGAUUCUUUGUUUUUAUUUAAAUGUUAUGUACCCAAAACAUUGUAUCAAUAUUUGUGAUACUAAAACUUUAUUAUCUGAAAUUUACUGGUGCAAAUUUGUUUUAAAAACACUAGGAAUUGCAUAUUUUGUGGAGAAUACCUUAUAAAAUAUAUUCAAAAGUGUCUGUUGCUCUUCUUCUAGGUUAGUGACACCUCCCAAUUGGGCAAUACAGACUAACUUGAUAGAGAUUUUUUUGGGGGUAGGGAAAGGUUAAAGUCAGUGUCUUCUAAGGGUUGUAUGUUCCUACUAAUGUUAUAGAAAAUAUAUGCAAAAAGCACCUAGAAAACAGAAGAUUUGCAUAUAUAAUGUGUAAAAGAUCUGAAAUGUGGGGAUGACAGUGAAGCUUCUGGAAACUUUGCCAGACUUCUCUGACCACUCAGAAACUGACUGCUUGCCUUCCAAAAACCCACAUUUCUUAGACAUAUUACCACCAAAAUAUCACAAUAUCUCAAUAUAUCAUGAUAUAUAUCUGCGGGGGCGGAGGGCCUUGCUGGGCCUCCCUGCGGGGGCAGAGGGUCCAGCCAUACCUCCCUGCAGCGGUGGAGGGUGUGCCGUGCCCCGCCAUGGCAGCAGACGGGGCCAUACAUCCCCACAGUGACAGAGAGUGCGCUGCGCUUCCCCAUAGCAGCAGAGGGCUUUGCCAUGCCUUCCUGCAGCCGCAGGGGAUCCUGCCAUACUUCCCCGUGGUGGUGGAGGGUGCACUGUGCUUCCCCAAAGCAGCAGAGGGCCUUGCUGUACCUCCCCGUGGCAGCAGAGGGGCCCACCAUACCUCCCCAUAUGAAUGAUUAAAACUACAAAUAAGACAGCAGCAACAGGACUUGUUCAUGUGCUUUUCUUGCUAAUAAUGCAGUACGCAUGACAGAAGCUUGAGUCAUGUCUACAUGGCAAUGUUUGCUACAGACUACUAUUUGGGUCAAGUGUCCUAAAACAAAAUACCGGUAAGUUUCACGGAUUGAAAUGGAAAUAUUACAAGAAAUAUAUUUCAUAUAUGUUAUUAAUAAAGUCCACUUUUAAACUUUUUUCCAGGGGAAGAUGGUGCAGGUAAAACAAGUUUAAUUGGAAAACUUCAGAGAAUUGCUGAAUACAAGAAAGGAAGAGGAAUGGAAUAUUUGUACUUAAAUGUACACGAUGAAGACAGAGAUGGUAAGUACCAGUUCUGAUAACAACAACAGUGAGUAAUUAUUCAUUGCUUGGGAAUAUUCCAGAUUUUAAAAAUGUAUGGCAUUUUCACUAGUCAGCAACUUCCAGAUUCUAUCUCCAACUUAUUAUCACUGCAUUUCCUUGUUUUCUGUUCAGGGAAGGGAGUUUGCAGGCAAAGGAGAAUGAAUGGUAUGGGGAGGGUGCCUUCAGGGAGAAUGAGUGGGGGGUUUUGGGUGGUGGUGGUGAGUGAUGUUAACAAUACCAGAGUGGAAUAAGAACUGAAAGAGGACCCUGCUAGAUUGGGCCAAAAGCCCACCUAGUCCAGCAUUCUGUUCUCACAGUGGCCAACCAGAUGUCUGUGGUAAGAUCACAAACAGCAUAACAUUCACCUGCUUGUGAACCCCAGCAACUAUCACUUGGAGGCAUGUUGCUUUUGAUAUAGGAAGUAGCAUAGUCAUCAGGACUAGAUACCCAUGAAUUUGUAUAACCUUCCCUUAAAGCGGUCCAUCAGAGCAUCUUCUAGGAGCGAAUUCCAUCGUUUAACUACACAUUGUGUGAAGUUCUUCAAUUUAAUUUGAUGAUCCCUAGCUCUAGUGCUAUGAGAUAAGGAAGGAAAACUGUCUAUUGACUUUCUCCAUACUUGUACACUUCUAUUACAGUGGUACCUCGGGUUAAGUACUUAAUUCGUUCCGGAGGUCCGUUCUUAACCUGAAACUGUUCUUAACCUGAAGCACCACUUUAGCUAAUGGGGCCUCCUGCUGCUGCCACGCCGCUGGAGCACGAUUUCUGUUCUCAUCCUGAAGCAAAGUUCUUAACCCGAGGUACUAUUUCUGGGUUAGCGGAGUCUGUAACCUGAAGUAAAUGUAACCUGAAGCGUAUGUAACCCAAGGUACCACUGUAUAUCCUUUCCCUUACUUGCCUUUUCUAAAUUAAAAAAGCCCUCAAUUUGUAAUAUUUCCUUAAUUUUGCCUCUGGUCUCUCACCUUCUACUUCCCGUUUCCCUUCUCCCCUUUUAUCCUAAAUCUUCCCAACCUAUUUUUCCUUUAGUUUUCCUGCCUUUUCCUUUUAUAUUUCUCCUUCUCUCCCUCCUUUCUCCACUCUAAAAUUUCUUUUUUUGUGCUCUGAAAUACACAUAAGAAUCCAUAUUGUGUAGCUUAGAAUACUGCAAGCUUUAGAAACCUGAUCAACAUCAAAAUUGUCUCACCGGGCAUAUUGCUAGUCAAAAGAUUUAAAAACCGUGCUUGAGAACUAUCUGCUAUCCAAAUUCAUUCAAGAGUUUUGACCUUUAACCAUUAUCAUUCUAAUAGUAUAUUUAUAAAUACUAGCAGUGAGUACCAAUGGUAGUCAUAUUUCAAGAAGAGCCAUUUAAAUCGGUUCAUUGUUUUUAAUGAGUGAAAAUAACUCAUUUGGAUAUUGUCCACUGAUAAUAAACUAUGGUACAUGUUAAGAACACCUUAUUUAUGUUUUUUUACAGAUCAGACACGAUGUAAUGUAUGGAUACUGGAUGGUGACCUCUAUCAUAAAGGUCUACUUAAAUUUGCAUUGGAAGCUAUCUCUCUAAAGGACACUUUGAUUAUGUUGGUGGUGGACAUGUCUAAGCCAUGGGCUGCUUUAGACUCUUUACAAAAAUGGGCAAGUGUUGUAAGGGAGCAUAUUGACAAACUAAAAAUCCCUCCUGAAGAAAUGAAAGAAAUGGAGCAAAAAAGUGAGUACAUACACUUUAUAGAUGCUAGAAAAAUAUUUAUUGAAUUCAUCUUUGUGUAAAUGUACGCUUUUGUGAUAUGUUUGUCUAUUACAGGAAAUGUAAUGCCAACAUGUUUGUCAGCUGAUUUAACUAUAUUCACUCUUAUGCUUUAUAACAGUUUUAUAAGGAGUUUCUCUUGACCAUGUGAAUUCUCAUUAUAAUAUAACUAUAGUAUCUAAUGUAUGUAGCAUUAUCUUUGCAACCUGUCUUGGGAAUGUCAUGGUUUAGCACAUGAUAAUAGAUUCUGCUGAAUAUUUGUUGUCAACAUAAGAUUUUUUAAUCCAUUGUAAAACUUUGUUAUAUGAAAUUCAGUGCCAGAGCAAAAAAGUUAGUUACAUCCUUUUAAUUCUGAUAGUUUUUAGCUUUUAGCUAAAUAAUGCGGAAAUGUUAUCUGGACUUGGAUGCACUAAAAUGUUAGUCAUGUGGAUAGGGUGAUUCAGUAGGCUCAAAACUUCUGAAAGCAAAUAUUACCAAAAUCUAUUCUGCUACAGCAGCUCAUUUUGUGCAUGCAUGGAGCUGUUGAGAGCUUCUCUAUAUAGUUUUUGAUACACAAAUAAAAGAGAAGUCCUUACUCAAGCAGAAUCAUGAACAGUGGCUUGCUAUAUCUAUGGAAAUUGAUCCCAUUUUUUUCUUUUUUUCUUUUGUAGUCUAGUCUCCUGUGCCAACGUUUAGAUUGUAAGCUCCUUGAGACAGGGCCCUGCCAUAUUGUGUAUUAUUAUUAUUGUUGUUGUUGUUAUUAUCGUUGUUGUUGUUGUUAGAAUUUCUUUACCGCCCUAUACCUGGAGGUAUAAAGUGCAAUGCACAUCAAUGGUAUUUAACAACAAUUCUUAAAUUGAUAAACCAUUCUUAAAAUGAUAAACAACAGCUGGAAGAAUGAACUGUGAAGAUGUAAUGCUUAAGUUUAGUGGGCUUGGAAGGGAUGCAUUGGGGGGGUGUUCUCUGUUCUGUGGAAUGCAAAUUCUUCACCUAGAAGAUCAAAACCUGUGCUCAACAAAUUUUAUAGUAACUCAAUUUAAUCAUUUUGAGUGCAAUAUUUUUAUUUCUCAUAUAGUUAUUUCUCAUAUAGUUCAGGGUAUUUGUUUAUUUUUGUAGAAAAUGGUGAAGGAGAAGAAUAAGUUCUAUGCAUUAGUAAGAAGAGCAGUUUUAUUUAGCAGAGGUCUUACCACUGUCACCUUUGCUUUGACUUUUCGGAAGGCUCUGCUUUCAUACCUUUUUCAUACUCUUCUAAGCAGCUUCCUAGGAUAGAAAUUUCCUGUAUAAAAAAAAAUAGAAAUGCUUCGCCUUCUAAAUUCAGUGUACCCUGUACACGCAGGGGUGAAGAACUAAAUUCAGGCCAAGGACCACAUUACUCUAGUGGAAAGCUGACAGGAACUGCAUUCCAGCCUCAAUAGUGUUUUUAAUGAGACCUACACAUUGUUAACACACCAUAACAUUCACACACAAAAGUCUUUCUUCUUGGAGAUGGAAGUAUAUAUUUAAUUUUUAGUAUUUACUCGGGUUUCAUUUUCAAUUUUCUCCAUAGACUUUUGUUUUUAUAACAUUUGCUAAAGUGUGCUGGUGAGCUUUUUUCUGUUCUGACUUUACCUAAGGCACAGUUGCAACACAAGAAUUAAAAUAACAUCAAAAUACAGUUGAACUGUGAACUGUUCAGAGUCACCAACUUCAAUAUGCUCUUGCAUCACAAAAAUCGCAUCCAAUUGCAAAUUACUUGGGCACUUUUUGUAUAUUUGCAGGAAGCCCGUCACUCACUCUCUCAAUAUGUUUUCCCUUCUGCAGCUGAUGUUCUUGCAGAGGAAGGAGCUGUUUGUAUGUUUUACACACCAUCACAACACAGCCCCUUUACUUCCCUACUCAACAGCUGAUUAGGAGGAUAUUUAGAGGGCCAGCUGAAAUUCUGUUGAUGGGUGAGGGUUCCUUGCCCCUGCUGUACACAUUCUGCAUUAUGUAGCAGGUAUCUGAAGUACACAUUGCAUUAGCACAGCCCUCAUUGCAAGCUAGUGAAAGGAGUGAUCUUUGAAAUAAAUAUUUUGGGGGGGUUAAAUGUUACAUACAAAUAUGCAUAUAAGAGUACCAAAACGGAGUUUCUCGUCUUUUCACCCCUCUGUUUUAAUUUUAAAGCAAAGCAGCUUCAAGAGAAGAUUACUCAGACUUGGAUAAAUACUAGGAAGGAAUAGGUGCUUUGUCCCCACCAGCUCCUUUUCCCAAAUCACACCUUUCUGAAGUGGUUCAUAAAAUAUUGUUUGUGCUUUGACAUGUACCUUUGGCCCAUAACGUGUACUGAGCCUCUUAAUGUAACUAGUCAGUGCCUUGUAAUUACUAUAUGCGCUGUACUAUAUGGCCCUACUAUCUGUACACAUUUCAUAAAUAUGAUCUCUUUUUGUGUUCUUCCUGUAUUUUAAUUGUUGCAAACUGUUUUGAUAAUUUGUAUGAAACUGUAAUACAAAUAUUUUUAACAUUCCAGCUGCUGAGAAGUUGGCUUUCUAAAGUUAAAAAACAAACAAAUCCUUCUUAGAUUAGUCCCAAAAGAAGAUUGUGGUGGUAUGAUAGUGGAAGCUUGCAUGUGUUGUCAGAAGAGGCCUUAUGAGGUCUUAUAAGCGUUGCAUCUUUGCUGCAAAAUGCUCCCAUUGUCUUCCCUUCCAUAUGCUUCUAUUGUCUUUUUACCAUCUACGUUUCACUUACCAAUCAAUAAACCAUCCACUGAAACUAAUAGGUGUUGUUGACAAACGUACAAAUCAGCAACAACAAAACAACAGCUUUCGUCACUUCUUUCUUGAAUACAAUCUAAAUUCUGGAAUUUCCAGCACAAAACAAUAUUGGCUUAAAGCCAAACAAAUUAGUAAUAAAGCUGGCAUUUAGGGAGUUUAAGGUGCCUAAAAGAUCUGCAUGGGAGGAUUUUUUUGCUGUAUGUAUCUUAAGUUUGGGGUCCAGAAGUAAGUUCAUUCCAGUAUUGUUGAGAGUUUUGUUUUUUGGGUAACUUAGCAUCUUUUUAAAAUGCCAGACUCUAGAUUUACCAGUCUUCACUGAAACAUUUGGAAUAUAAAUUUGAUAACCUAUUACAUCCUGUAUUUGACAUAAACCUUACAGAAUUUGGGUUAAAUAAAAUAACUACUGCUGCCCUCAUGGUUAAAAAAACAAAACAAAACCCUAAAAUGUUUGGGUUUGCCGCUUUAUAUCUACUUAUAUUUAUAUAUGUUUUAUCUAUUAACUAGCUUGCCUUAGUUCUUAACUUUUGCUGUCUAUUGUGCAGUAUAAACUUGUGCCGAAGAACUUAGUUACAAGUAGAGUAUAUUUCAAAAUGUUUAGAACUAUUAAUUGAAUUAACAUUGUUCUUUUGAAAGACUGAUUUUUAAAUUUUGCCGCUUCCUUGAAUCCCUGUUUGUUUGUUUGUUUGUUUGUUUGUUUGUUUGUCUAUCCCUAUGUCCUUUUAAUUGUAUCUGUGGGAGGGGUUAUUGAUUUGUUUUUGUUUUUAUUAUGUACUUUGUGUAUUCAUUUUGUAUUUUUAUGUUGUGAACCACCAUGUGGACUUUGGAUGAAGGGUGGUAUACAGAUAAUAAUAAUAAUAAUAAUAAUAAUAAUAAUAAUACUUCUUUGAGUACUUAGGAAAACAUAAAUUGACAUCUUAAAACUAGCAAAGCUAAAUAGAAUAAAAAAUAUUUGGUACAAAUACAGACUCCCAGGAACGAAGUACUUGCUUGAUUCAUUUUUUUCUUUCUUAUUUCAGUUGUAAGAGAUUUUCAGGAAUACACAGAACCAGGGGAAGACUUUCCAGCUUCCCCACAGAGGAGAAAUACUUCAUUACAGGAGGACAAAGAUGACAGUGUCAUUUUACCGCUGGGUGCCGAUACACUAACAUGCAACUUAGGCAUUCCUGUAGUAGUAGUUUGUACAAAGGUUUGUUUCAUGUUUCAGAUUAUGUUUGUACAGCAGAAUUUUUUUUUAAAAUGAUUUUAAAUUUCAAGUAACAAGACAUAGCUAUACAAGGAAAACAGAGCUUACAGAAUAUUUUUUCAAAUGGGGUGGGGGUGGGAAAGCUUCUAUUAAAUAAAACCAUUUUGAAUACUGCACAUUGGUUUUCCAUCAGCUUAAGUAUUCUUCACUUUCUCAAGUGUAAUAUUUAACACAUUGUUUGAGCAACUGAACGGAGAUGCUUUGUACUGCAGGUAUAGAUUUUAAUUAAUAGCCUGAAUUCCGCAAGACUGUAUAAUGGAUGGCAGCCUUUAUAUUAAAAAUUAGAAAGUUAUUUUAACCAUUUUUUGCCAUAUAACAAAAAUGUAACAAUGUCAUUGCGUAGCACCCAUUGGAGGAGUUGUAGUGCCACAUCAUAAUCGUGGAUUUGCCUGAAGUCAGGGUGGAGUAGGGGAACAAAAGUGAAGGCAGGUUGCACAGUUGCAAGGCAAUGGCAUGGAAGUGAGAAGGGAGGACCACUGAGAGGGGAAAACUCAUGGUUUAAAAUAAUGGCAGAAGUUUGAGUGAAGCAGGGAUAGAAGGAACUGAGGAAAAUGGCAGAGGUUUGCGUAAACUGGAAUACUUGAGGGCUCCACAUUCUUUAUCUCUCUUACAUGAGGCAGCUGAGGAAUGAAGGAGGGAGAAGUUUGAGUUCUGCAAGGAGGGAAGGACAUUGAAAAGUUAAAAUUAGCUAUAAUUUUAAACAGUGUCAGAGGUUGAAGUAAAGCAGUUAUGGAAAGGCACUGGGAGGAAAAUGGCAGUUUUAAGCUAUGAUAGAGGUUUGAGUAAAGUUGUCUGGAAGAACCAUCAGUCUCUAGUAAGUGGGUCAAGGAGUGCAGCUAAGUUAUUAUUUAAACUAAAAACUUCGUUGGAAUUUUUCGGGAGGAAAACCCCCCUCAAUAUUCUGUUCUUUAUUCUCUAUAUCUUAUCACCUGUCUUCUCAGUAUCAGAGAAGGGUGAUCAAUCUUCCCAUGCAGUAAGAAAAUGCAUACUAAACAAAUUCUUUAGAAUAUAUUUUAUCCUAUAAAUAUUUUAACAAGUUUUACCAAAUGCCGAAUAUUGGUUCAGGUUUUUAUUUAUAUCUCUUGUAUUUCAAAUUUUUAUGUUCUAAAUCUUAAUGGGCUAAGUUCCCAAGAACCAUAAAUUAGUUCCACAGGUCCCAAGAAGCCUGAAUUCCUAAAGCCAUCCCGAGGAGACUUUCAGUUUCUAAUGUAGCAUCAAGGCAACAGUGUGUGAGAGAUUGCCAUUAAAAAGAAAGAAUGAAAAAUGCUGCUGAGUGCAUUGUAGCCUGGAAUGUGCUGCAGUAGCUCUUUGGAUCCUGGCCUUCAUGAAUAGAUUCCAGAAAAAGAGAAAUAUUAAGAUAUCUCUAUAGAAGUUUUUCACAUUGGAGGUAGUAAAAUGCAAAGAUUAUAUAUUUCAUAGCUAAUAUGAACAGUGGGAAUUUCUAUAAUUGCAGUGAUGGUAAGUUACAGAUGCAAUCAUGAUCGAAAUUGCAUUAUUAUUAUUAUUAUUUAUUAUCAUCAUCAUUAUCAUUAUUAUUAUUACUCCACAGUGUGAUGCCAUUAGCCUGCUGGAAAAAGAGCAUGAUUACAGAGAUGAGCACUUUGACUUCAUUCAGUCGCACAUCCGACGGUUUUGUUUACAAUGUAUCCUUUAAAAUGUAGAUUUAUUAUUAAAAUUACAACUGGAUUCAGAUAAUCUGAGAAGCCCCAUGAUUUGCUGGGUCAUCUUUUAUCAAGUCACUGCAAGCCUUGGACUCUCAUGUAAUCUGAAUGAUAGUGAUAAGUGCUGAGUUUAGAUGAUCAUCCCUCUGUUUACUAAACUAAGAUAUGAAUGGCCUUUACAGACCCUCUGUAAUUGCACCAAUAAACCUCUAAUCAACCAUAGUUUCCAAUUUCAUCCAAACCAAGAAACUAGGUUAAAGUAUAGUUUGAAUUGGUUUAAUAUCUUGGUUUGUUCUUGAACCCAUAAUAUCCCAUUUUGCAAACUGGUUAGUUAAAGGCUUCCUGGUUUGGUUGUUAGAGUAGUGUAGGAGUUUAAUAUACAGGCAAAAACUUCCUAUCUCAGCUCACAAAGCCUGGAUAUAAUGUCUGAACCAAUGGCUCUGAGAGUUGAUAAGCAAAGCAUAUUUGGUGGUGCACUUAUGUGCCAUGGCCCAGAAUUAUUUCAGGGAUGCCCAAGGACCUGGCCAUGCCUAGGGGAAUUUUUUACUUCAAAUAUCAGAAACUGAUCUAUAUCAGAAACUAUAUCAGAAACUGCAUUUUAAAUAGUUUAUUUCCAAAGUGGCUAUCUGUGUGGUAUGAAGAGCUGCUGUUUGAGAAAUACAAUGCAAAAGCAUCCCCUGGGCAUACAGAAUAAGCUUUACUGUUCUUUGGAGUCUGACCCUGUUACUACCAUUUCAUAGCAAUUAUAUCGUUCAAAGUUAGUUUUGACAAAGCAAAUACAAAUGCUGUUCUUCAGUAAUUGGCAUUCACACCAGAACUGAAACAUGGUGAUUACAGUAUUAAGCACAGCAAUAAUUACUGGUAUCCUGUUCUGCUUCCAAGACUCUCAGGGAAAUAAACACAGCUAGGCAUGUGCCUUAUAAGUCGAGAUGGGAAGCUGGAUAGCGCCUAGUUAUUUGAAAGUUAAGAUGGGUGCUUUAUGCAAAGGAUAUCAAAGUGAAGGAAAAGCUGUAUCCCAUGUAGAUAGCAGCAUGUUUGUCCAUCACAGGGGUGAUUGAACAUUUUUCAGCUUAUGACUAACCCCUUGCAUUUAGGUAGGUAGAGCUGACUAUCAGACGCAAACAAAUGCAAACAACCAAUUCUGCCCUCCCCUCUCCAUCUCAAAAGUCUGUUAAGAACCACCUGAAAACCCUUAAGAGAACUGGCUUUUCUUGUCCUUAGCUCCUCCCAAUGAGAAAAGGCAACAUGGAGCUACGGGGAGGGGAAGAAGACUCUCAAGUAGUAGAACAUCACAAAACCAGCAAUUUCAACAAAGUUCCUUUCCUCACCUCUCCUUUUGGGGCUGGGCUUUGAAGACAAAGUGGGCCAUUGGUGGGUCAGAUGUGGAGAGGCUUUAGGGCCCGGAAGAUGACUGGGGGCCGCCAGUAGUUCCCACCGCUAAUGUGGUGUAGGUGUGAAGCCUUCAUACCUACAUGGAAGUGCGGCUUGUGUAGGAAAACAGAACAAAAAUUAGGAAGGCACCCAAGUUGUCUUUUAACAGAAAUUGUUGAUGAAAUGAAUUUGCUCUUCCGCUUGAGAGUUUGGGCGAGCCUGCUUUCCCCUAACAGUUUAUGUGUCAAUGUUUGGCUUCUAUACUCUGGUGCAUGUUUUACAAGAGGAGGUAAUAUACACAGAUAUUUUAAAGUAUGUCAUCACACACUUAAUGUUAUAACACUUUGCUGCUGGGUGAAUGUUACAGAAGUAUUAAAGUAUCACGAAUAGUUUCUUGCCACUGCCGAGCAGAAAAAUACACCCACGUUUUCUUUAACAAAUAACUCAGAUGGUGCAGCACUUAUUUACACUUCAGUAAAGGAAAAUAAGAAUAUUGAUUACGUGUAUAAAUUUAUUGUCCAGAAAUUAUAUGGAUUCCCCUUCAAUAUAUCUGCUUCUGUUGUGGAAAAAGAUGCAGUAUUUAUGUAAGUUACUUAGUUAUUGGGUGUCUUGUAUUAUAAAAAAUGUGUUUCAUUGUAUCCCUAACCCCUAAUAAGAGUGCUCCUGUUCAGGAACCAAGCGUGUCUGAAAUAAGAGUAUUGUAACAAUGUUUGUAGUUCAAUGGUAUGGUAAAAUUUCAGGAGGUGGAAGAGGAAAAAUGACUACUGUUUUAUUUUUUUCUUCCCUGCUGUGCUAAGGACUUUCAAUUCCAAACUAAAGUGCUUUAUUAUUAUAUUUUGGGUGAGGUUUGCAAAAAGAAAAGAAACCUCUUCCUAUGUUUCAGGAGGAAUUUUUUUUAACCUCAUGGUGAGCAUCCAUCUUGGACUUAAAAUGAAAAAUAAAAUUCCUGCUCUGCCUUAAGAAACAGGGUUCUUUGUAUAAGAUGGGAUUGGACAGAAGGUGAACCAAACCUUGAACAACUGAAAUUCAAGAUGUGACACUGUGUUUGCUUUCAGUCCUGCAGGAUGGGACAAUGAAAAGAAGAUAGGAAUAUUACAUGAGAACUUCCAGACUUUAAAAGUGGGUGACAAUUUUGAGGAUAUAAUAACAAAGCCUCCGGUCAGAAAGGUAACUGUUUCCUGUGUUUAGAAGAAAUACCUUUAAUUUAACACAUUGCCUUGUUAGUGAUCGGUGGGGUGGCGGGAAUUUCUAACACUGAUUGCUCAGUGCAGUGACAACAACUCAAGGAAGCUUAUCACUGAUAACAACAUCGUAACUACUAACUAUAAACUGGCCAUCUCUAUAUUAAUUUAGUCUACAUAGCUGAUCUAAAUGUGUAAUAAGGGUUGUCAAAUAAAUUAGUGUCAUUUAUUAUGUGCCUUCACACUACAUGAAAACAAAGAUGCAGUUUUUAAGGAGUUGUGCCAGCUAAAAAAAAAUCUGCACACAAUAAAGCAGGCAAAAUGCCAUUGCCUAAUAAUAUAAUGAGCCUCAGUGCAAAGAUCUUGAAUUACAGACAUAAGAACAGUCCUGCUGAUCAGAUCAGUAGUCCAUGUGUUCCAUCUUUUUUUAUACAAUAGCCAACCAUUUUCCAGGGAAGCUCAACAGGAAUAAAAGCAAUAGUUCACCCUCAUUUGUCUCCAGCAGCUGGGUAUUCAGUGUUACGGUCCACAAUCAGACAUUUUGUUUGAAGAGAAAACAAGUAGGGGGUGUGAGUCUGCAUGUGCCAGACCCACCUGCCCAAUCCCUGACUUUCCUGCCUUGAGUAAGGAGGUCUGAAAGGAGCUCCUAAGUGCAUUUUGUUGAACAUGCUUAGAAGCCUCCCUGUGAUCAGGAAUCAUGAAAACACAGGUUUCUUGAUCACAGAGGUCUCUAAGUGCAUUCUGCUGAAUGUGUUUUGAAAUCCCCUUCAGACUUCCCACUCAAUAUGGGACAGCGAUAUUGGAGGCAGGGACAGUGCAUAUGCCUGUGAACCCUAUUUGUGGUGGUGUUGCAUAUUCAGACAUAAUAUCUUGAACAUAGGAGAUCUCUUUAGUAAUCAAGCUGAAUGGCAGAGCUUGAUAAGCAUCUCAACAGCUAAAUCACCAUUGUGAGGUGGAGACCUAUCCUGACUCAACAGCAUUUUAUAAUGGGGAGGGCGGGGUAUAAAUAAAAUUUAUUAUUAUUAUUAUUAUUAUUAUUAUUAAAGAAUAAGAGCAAGGCUUCCCUAGCAGAUCUCAAGAAAAAUGUAUUAUUCACAUGGGUAGAGACACUCUCAGAGAUAGACUGGGUCCAAGCUGUACAAGGCUUUGAAGGUCAUAAUCAAUACUUGGAAACUGGGAUUGGUAGCUCAUAGGCAGCCAGCCCAGGUGAGCCAACUAAUGUGUCCUUUGUAGCCAAAUGAAUGGGCUGCUGCAUCGUGCACUUGCUGCAACAUUUGAACCAUCUUCAUGAGCUUUUCAUCCACUUGUUCCAGUAAAUAUUUGUGAUUGUGUUAUUUUGAAAAAAAAAAUUAGUUGGACAUCUCUUAAUGGCUUUCCCCCCUUUAUUGCAGUUUGUACAUGAGAAAGAGAUAGUAGCAGAAGAUGACCAAGUAUUUCUUAUGAAGCAACAGGUGUAUAUUCUGCAUAUUCAUUUAAUCUAAUUUCAUUUAAACUAAAAUUAAAUUUGUGAUGGAAUUUGCCAACAACUUUUUGUUCCAAAAUUUCUCUUUCAUUUUGUUUUUCAGUCCCUGUUAGCAAAACAGCCACCUACUGCAGCUGGAAGACCAGUGGUUAGUAGUAAAUACUUAAAUACUAAUAACUUAGCAGUACAUUUAUUUGGAUCCAAUUUUGGUGCUCUUUUUUGGUGAAGUAUUUAAUACUUUGAUAUCUGUAGCUGAAAGCUUGCUUGCUGCUAUUAGGCUUCAGUCCUGUACCUACUUACCUGGCAACAAGCCCCACUGAACAAAAUGGGGCUUACGUCUCAGAUAUGUACAAGGUUGGGCUGAUAAUGGGUUGUAUCCAAUGAAGUCAUCCUGUUUGCACGACUUUGCCGGGUACAGUUCAGUGCCUUUAUCAGCUUUUUGUAUUAAGAGUGUUUUGCAGAAAAAAUUCCCAAAACAUAUAUUAUAAUGUGCAGACUUUUCAAGUUACUCUCUGGGGACAUGGAAAACAGUGCUAGUCAACAUUGUUUUGUUUGUUAAGUGUGCAUUUCAAAACUUUGCCAAUUUCUAAAUGUGAAUGCCAUGAAGUAAAUUUGGGGAUUGUUUCUUUCCCAAUAGAAAUUAUUACGUAUUUUCCUAGCCUAGAAAAUGUUUCUUAAAAGCCUGCCAUAGGCUGUGCCUGCCCUUUGUGUAAUGCCCUUCAUCUGAUAAAACUGGGGAGUUUGGGGCAGUGGCAUGGCAUUUUUCCAUAAUCUUUUAAAUAAGUAUUUUUGUAGUUGCUUUUAUAGACUAAGUAGUCUAUAACUGCUUUCUUUUUACCAGACACUUCUUAAUCUAAAGCUAAUUAAUUUUUUUAUUUGCUAUGAAUAUCUCAUAAUUCAGAAAUGUCCCUCUCAAAAUGGAACUGACAGCUCAGCAUUUCAGUCUAAGUAUUUCAUUGUAUUUUCUAAUUCUAUGUAGGAUACCUCACCGAGAGUCCCUGGAGGAUCCCCUAGGACACCAAACAGAUCGGUUACUUCCAAUGUUGCCAGUGUUACAACCAUCCCUGCCGGAUCCAAAAAAAUAGAUCCUAGUAUGAAAGGUAAAACAUAAUAAUAGUUUUGCAACCUAAAUAUUCUAAACAUUGACAUCCUAGUAGCAAAGUGUUGCAUACUUCCCCCUUUCUAAAAUAAUUUUACUCUAUGGAGUAUUGAUAACUUUUAAGUUUCAAACUAAGGGAAGCAAUUACUUAUACUUUAAUUGGAUUAAAUUUGCUGAAAUUUUGAGGAUUUCUUUUUAAAAAUAGGAAGCGUUCUUGUGAAUUGAACGAAACAGAAGUUCUAGUUCAUUGCGUAUUUCCCCUAUUUAAGACUUUGCAAGAAAUAGCUUGAUCUAUUAAGUAAACACUAGAAAUGUGGUCUGUUGAAGAAAAACUGUUCUGGUAGUUAAGCAGUGACUCACUGUUUCUAAUGUACUCCGGGAUGUUGACAUUUAUGUUCAGCAUGCAAAGUAAUCACUUUGAUGUAGUUGACUUCCUCAGUGGGUUAGAUCCAGACUAAAUUAAUUGAACUGGAGUCCCCUAAAAACGUGAGACCAGAUAGUCAUAUUUAUGGGUGACCUUGGGCUAGUCACACUUCUCUGACGUUUCUCAGCCUCACUCACCUCAUAGAGUGUUUGUUGUGGGGGAGGAAGGGAAAGGAAAUUGUUAGCCACUUUAAAACUCCUUAUGGGGAGUGAAAGGCGGGAUAUCAAGUCCAAACCCUUCUUCUUCUUCUUCUUUGGAUCCCACUGAAAUCAAUGUAACAGAUGUUGAUUUACAUCUGAAUCCAACUCUGUGUGUUUAGUAUUGCCAUUUCAUGUUUUAAAAACUCAAAUACAAUUAAUAUGCAUUAUCAAAAUAUCUGGGCGGUAACUUCUUUUCAGCUGGAGCCACAAGCGAAGGAGUGCUGGCUAACUUUUUCAACAGUUUGCUGAGUAAGAAAACUGGCUCACCUGGUGGACCUGGUAGUGUUGGUAGUCCUGGAGGAGUAGGGAGUCCUGGAGGCGGGGGUGGCAGCAACUUGCCACCAUCUGCAAAAAAGUCAGGUAAGAACAGUAUAUAAAACAUUUUGGUAUUACACAGAAUGGACACUCCAAGCUAGAUGCAGUUUUUUGCUGAAGUGAGAGUCUUUAUACAGUACUGCCAAAUGUAUGACAUAAAAAAAUCAUUUAAAAUAUUACUUACUGUAAUUUAUCUGCUCUCACCUUAUAAUGUUAGGUGCUGGGUAGGAUCCAGGAUCCAUACAUUCCUGUGCGUGUUGGAUUGUGUGGUAUUCUGUGUACUGUUUCUGAAUUCCAGAGAUAGAUGGUGCGGUUGCCCUUUGACAGUCUCACUCAGCUUUGGGGGAGUGGGUGGGCGCAGGACUGGAUUGAGUUUUGUCAUUUUCCCAAAACAAAUGAUGGAUCCUGUCAAAACCAUUUUGGAUGUGUGUGUGUGAACCUGAUAAAGAAGGAUCACUAUGUGAGCAGUCCUGCAUACGAAAUACAUUAUCCUUCAUUUGCAUGUGUGGCCCCUUUGUAAUGAUAUCUGUGUGCAGAUAGCCCUUGUUUGAUCAAGGAGCAAGUUGAUUAUAUGCCUAAGGGAAAGCAUUCACAAAUGUUUGCCUUGGCAAUCUCUGAACCUGCACCUUUCUCGAGUCCUCUGUGGUUGCUAGAGAACUUGGGGUGAAACUGUCUCGUAUUGCACCAGGGUUUGGAAUACACAACCUGAGCAUCACGUAACCCCUGGAUAGAGUUGUGGCACUGAGGUAUGCACAAGGCACAUAAUGGGUAGCCAGCAAAAACCUUAGGUUUACCAUUGUAAAAACCUGGACCUUUCACAAACUCUAAAGUUUUACUUGCAUAUCAUAUAUAUGGGAUAUAUUGGUCUUCCUUACUGUCCUUUCUGUAUGCUAUGAGGAACAAGCUAGGGGCCUUUAAGUAAGGAAGGUGAAGCAGAUCCAGAGGUGAAAGCCAUGGAUGUCACAUCAUUGUUCAGCUCAAAUUCUGUCCUGCAUUCAUGGCAUUCUACCUGUAUGAGCUGAUGACACACACAGAGAACAUAUGGCUGUUCACAUAUAUUGUAGGUACACUGUGUCUGCAUACACGGUGGCUAAAUGUGGGGGGUUAUACCCUCCAAAACUGCUUUUGUCUCAUGUGUUGGUGUAGAUCCAUUUGAUUGUGACACUUGUUUUGCAGACUUGUAAGCAAAUACACUUUCCUAUAAAACUUAUCCUAAGACAAUCUAGCUAAUGGUAGCAAGAGCCUUGAAUGUAGAGUACUGUAGUAAUUAAUGUUGGAAUUACAUGACCUCCCACAGUGGGACUGAACCUGUUGUGUUGUGUUUCACCUUAGUUUUGGCCUGCCUUUGUGUGCGCUACUUGUGAAAAACAUUUAACUUAAAAUUUUGUGUUAUGUGCCCUCCUUUAUGUAUAGGCCAGAAGCCUGUCUUAACGGAUGUUCAAGCUGAACUGGACAGAAUGUCACGAAAACCAGAUCUGGCCUCUCCAACAACACCUACAUCCCCCACAGAAGGUGAAACAUCUUGAAGACACCAAAUAUAGCCAUUUAUUCGAUUUUCUGGGAUAAUUUAAACUUGCCUCUGCCUCUUCCUUCUGUGACUGGGACUAGGGAGCUGAACACGUUCAGAGAAGGACAAGCAGUUGAUGUCUUUUGUGUUGCCCAACUUUGUAAAAGGGAACUGUACAGAUGGAAAAUUAUCACACAAUGUAAGACUGCUGUUCACAGUACAAUGUGGCAUUCAGAAAUAUCGAAUUCUGAAUUUUGUUUAAGUCAGUGUAAUUCUGUAAAAUUGAAAGUGUCCACUUAAUCAUUUGUAAUGCAAAAGGCUGCUUGAAGAGUUGGAAUGGUGAUACUCAACAUGGGCACUUAAUUUAUAUUGAUCACCCAAACUUUUUAGUUUAAUGCAAUUUUGCAAAUUAACCUCGAGAGGAUUUACUAGUUUUUGUUGGAAAGAGAUGGAUCAACUGUUGUUCUUUUGUGCAUCAUCAAUAAACUAACUCAAAUAAAAUUUAACACUUCAUUUGGAAUAUGACUUCAGACUGUGCUGGUCUCAUUUGAAAUCUAAACUGUAUUGAACAAACGUGAACUCUUAAACAAGAACAUAUUGUUCUAUUGAGGAUUUCCUACCAAGCUCAGUGUGGUCUUUAUAUUACUAGGCUUAAAGCUGAAUAAAUUUUGGAAUUUAAUAAUAAAUGUUUCCAGUCUAACUGGAGGAGGUCCUGAAACUAAAUUUGCUGGAAAACCUUUUUGGAGCAUGGAUGUAUGUUGAAAAUAGCAAAGGUUGCUCUCAAAUUAAACAGUAUAAUCACCUGCAGAUAUAUAUGUACAAUAGACCUACCAUACUUUUCAUUUUUAAGGGUAUAUUAGUUAUCCAUAAUCAAGCAAUUUCUUCUCAACAUAUAUUUUUAUUUAUUUCAUAAAAUUUAUACACUACUUGAUUGUAAAAAAAAAAAACCCUCAAAGUGGCUUACAAAGAUCUAAGUUGUUUCUCAAUACAUUUAACAAAAGGCCAUGCUGAUUUUUGCCUUUGAUAAAGCCUACAUCUGUUUCACACGUACCUCUUAAAUAAGCUGUCUUCCGGAUCAGUUAAAUAAGUGUUAAUACUUCUGUAAGACAGUGCUGUAUACACUGUUUCUUGCUCAAAGUAAUAUUUCUUCCUUUAACAAAACAAAACAAAACUGUUCUCUUAUAGGACUCCCAAUUGUCUCACACCAAGAAACUGAUUAGGUUAGUACCUGCUUAUCCUUAAUGAUUCUGCAGCCUUUGACGCUUCCAGGCCAAUCAUUGGACUCCAAACCAGAAUUUCUAACAAACGCCUGUCAAAUGCAUAGAUGUAAUUGCAAAUGAAAUGCUGUAAUUCAUAAAGGUUAGAUUCUGUUUGCUUUCAGAGAGGAACCUUUGCCACAAGACCCUACACUUUAUGACAAUGAGCAGUUAACUGGUAGUUUUCAUUAAGAUAUACAUGGGUUGGAAGCCAUACAGCUACUUUAGAAUUGUCCACAGUCUUGUGUGUCCUCAGUAGAUUCCACCCCCUCCUUCAAAUACUCAGCCAUGAUGGCAUAUGCAACAGCUUUUGCAAUUCCCCUCACUUUCAAAAGCCAUGUAGCAUGUAAGGAUGCUGAACAAAGAAACAAGUCCAAAACACUCUUGCACAUAGACUGGCAAUGAUCUGUAAGUAGAUCCAUGUGUUUAUGAAUACUUUGGGCUUGUUUCUUUGAACAGAAAAUAAACAUGAAUAUGUGAACAGUAUAGCAAACUUGAAAGUGCUGCUUUUAAAACUUCCAGAAAAUAGAAAACUUCUCUAGUGUAGAACGUCUACAUUCUUGGGCCAACGUUGCUUGAAAAGUUAGUAGUCUACUUUGGGGCAUUCUUCUUUGCAUUUCCCAUAUUAUUGUUAUUUUUCUAAAGAAUAGUUUUAUCAAUGUAAAGCGCUCUGGAUUGAAAUUCUGCCCCCCCUCAAAAUAAGUUCCUUUCUGAGACCUUAAGGAAUUCCACAACUACUUGAUGGUUGUAGUAUUUUACAUCAUUUAGAUCUAACUUUCUUGACUGAAUGCUUAACAUGACGAGGAGCAACUGUAUGAAAGGAGCAACUCUACAAAGCUUUUCAUUUCCAAUCACAUGCAUGGCACAAAUUUUACUUUUGAACAGAUUACUACUAUGUAACACAGCGAACUAUUUGAGUGUAUUUAAGAUGUGCAUGAGUAUAUGCUACUGAUGCGGUAAGUAACGUAUCUUUAUUUCAGUUACUUUGUAUCCUAGAGUUGAAUUGUUUGUUUAAUAUAUUUGUAAUUCUUACACGUUGUGGAAGGUAUCUUUACUGUUCACAUAAUAUAUGAAAUGGCUUAUCUAAAGACACUAAACAAAUGAUUUAAGAUAUAUAUUACACACUGUGGAGUUCAUAAGAAAGUAUCCCUCUUGCACACAAAAGUAUAGGCAGAUAUAUUUCUCUCUGCUGGUGUAAAGUGCUUUUUUAAUAGCAAUAAAAGCUUUGAAAGGACAAAAAGGUGCCAGAAGCACUUUUACUUUGUCAGCUACCAAUCCUACACAAGAAGCUGAAGGGGAGGAAAUAUGAGGGAGCAUGAUGCAGAUAGCAACAUCAUAAAAUGAGUAAAAAAAUGGGUAGCAUACAAAUGUAAACUAGAUUAAGCUUAGCUGUCUACACUAAGUGCUGGUCAACCCUAGCAUAGUUUUAGAAUGUGCUCUAUCUGCCUUCCAGAGAAAGAGAUGAUUGUGGAGCUACCAGGGAAAGAGAUGAUUGUGGAGUUACCAGGGGAAAAUAUAAUUGUGGAACCAUCACUGAAAAUGUCAUUAUCCAUUCCCUCUUCAUUUGAAUUUUGCACGUGGUUUGUGUCAAAUAGUUCAGAAUCAAAGAUCACAGUGAGAUAUAAUGGCAGAAGCAUCUUUUCAGGUAGGCUGGAGUCUAACUGUUGCAUUCAGUGUUUUUUUUACUCAUUAUCAUUAGCAUCUUGCAUUGUAGAAAAAGUACAGGAAAAUUUAGGUCCAUAUUUUGCAAGGUGAAAAACAUACAAGUGGUCCCCCCCCCUAUUGAUGUACUGACACGAAACACCCUUCCAACUUUUUGUACAUAACAUUAAACCAUAGCUUAAUGUGCACACUGCUCAGAAAUUCCCAUAACUCAUCCCUUUCUCCUGUUGCACUGUGGACGAAACAAGCAGGUGUCUGACUUGUCUGAUCUUGGGCUUGAGUUCUGUUCCCCCCCCCCCCCAGAAGUCAUGAGAAGUAAACAAGGUUUGUUAUUAGCUUGCUGCUCAUGAUUUAUUUCGGGAAAACAAACUAGCUUGGGUUUGGAUGACAUGAUAAGCAGACCUGGCUUGUUUUGUCUAUGGCACAGCAGGAGGAGGAGUGGGGAAUAUUACCCUUGGAGUGAACUGGCACACUAAUAAUUUGCAUUAAACCAUAGUUGUUGCAUAAAUAUAUACAUAAAUUCAGAAACAGUGUGACAUACUACUUAGUAACAGAAAAUGCACUCGACAAAUAACAUCUAAAUUAGUAUUUCUUUUAACUACUGGAAUUUUCCCCAAAGCAUAUUCCUGUACUCAGAAUGACGUUUUCUUAGAAAUACCUGCAGUGCCCAAUUACUGUUCAUGGUUUGAAAUCAAGCCAUGCAGGCAAAGGUACAGCCUGCAAAUUGUUGAGUCUUGCAAAGCACUGUGCAUGGAGCUCCACAAGACCUGACAAUCUGCUUUGCACAGGGCUUUGUAGCCACUGCGGGUCAGCUGUGCCUGAAGUUUUGGUCCAGCUGCAUCUUUUCCUGUCUCAUUGCUAUCAUCAUAUAUGGCAUCAAAUGUAAGGCAGCUAGUGUGGUUUGGUGGAAAUGGGCUGGCAGACUUAAUUAGACCCAUGGGCUGGAGGCCCACUGCUAAGGUAUAGGAUUACAGCCUUAGUCAUUAGUUUAUAUUCCUAAAUCAUGUAAUGACUCUAAAAUUAAUUUGAGCUCUCUGGCAGAUAUCAUGACUUAAUAUUUUAUUCUUCUCUCACACACUUGUCAUCUCCUUGUUUACACUACACCCUAUCAAGAAAGGGAAGCUUUAUUAUUUAAAUGUAAAUUUAAAAUAAUGCUAAACAAGAGGUUCUCACCUAGUAUUGAGGCUGGAGGAAACCCAUGCACACACAUCCCCCACUCACGGGGUGUGUGUGUUAAACAACUUUUUCCUCUGUUUGCAGCAAGUUUCUGCAUUUAUUUCUUAAACAUCCUGCGAUUUCCAUUUUGACCCAAUGUUGCAACAACUUCCACACAAAAAUAAGCUGCUCAGAUAGUAUGAGAGAUAACUACACGGAAGGUGUUACCACUUGCUUUACUGUCUUUAUGUACAAGUUCAGUCUUCUCUUGUACAUUUUGGCUUGGUGCCCCAUACCCCUUAGGGCAGGGGUACUCAACCUUUUUAUACCUACUGCCCACUAAUGCAUUUUUCUUGAUGGUAAAAUUUCCUUACCGCCCACCAGUGCUCGAUGGAAGGAGGAUUCAGCUUGUGCCAUAGAAUCCCCUACUGCCCACCUAGAAUCCUGAAACACCCACUAGUGGAUGGUAGGGACCAGGUUGACAACCCCUGCCCUAGGGUAUCAAUUGACAUACAUUAAAAUAUGGAAAGAAAAUGUGUUGGUACUUCAUAUAGAUGUCCACAAGGGGGAGGUAGCACACUUUUGAGUAGGCUUAAAGAAAAAAAUAGUAAAGGUCAAACAAUGUAGAUUAGGUUUCCUGUAGCAUGUUUUCAGGAUUCAAAUAUAAUUGUGAGAGUUGGAAGGAUGCAUUGAUCCCCAUAGCUUUGUGAUGCAUGCCACUAAUCUUCUAGUGCUACAGUUCUGCACAUAUUUACCUGAAAGUAAAUCACACUGAAAUUAAUGAGGCUUUUGGCUUGAGUAAUAAGUGCAAGAGCGCUUUGCUCAAGGUGAACCAGUAGAACUAAAAUCCGAGUCUGCCAGCUCCAAAAGUUCAACACUCUAUUGUACAGAAGUACACACAAUAAACAGGUCAUCUGGAGCCCUUACCCUCUUUAACAUCUGUGCCACCUCUUAAAGCAGGAGGGGGAAACACUGGUUAUUGGACUUUCUCACCCUGUCAGCCUCAACCAGCAUGGUCAAUGUUCCAGGAUGAUUAUGGGAGUUGGAGAUCACAACAUAUGGAGAGCCCAGGCUUCCCACCCAGGUUUUCUGUGCAUGAGGCUUAGCUACACUGGCAGAAAUAGCCAUUGCCUGAGGGGGUCCCUUAAAGAGACUCUUAAUCUCAGGGUCUUGGGUUUGAGCCACACAUUGGGCAUAAAGAUUCCUGCACUGCAGGGGGGGUUGGACUAGAUGGCCCUUGGGAUCCCUUCAGAUUCAACAAUUCUAUGAAAUGGAAAGAGGAAGAGUCAUGUUAAACUUCAAUGUCAAUAGCAGGCAUAAGUUCUGAUAGCGGCUAGAAAUAUAGAAUUGUUGCUGUUUCAUUGGAGACAUUUGCUGCUUAACUUUUUUUGUGGGUACUGUGGGGAUAGAGCUCUAUUUUGCCAAAUGCAGGGGCUCAAACCUCUUCAGACGUUUUUAAUGUUUGAUAUUUUACCGUGCUUUUAAUUUUCGGUUGGGAGCAGCCCAGAGUGGCUGGGGAAACCCAGCCAGAUGGGCGGGGUAUAAAUAAAUAAAUAUUAUUAUUAUUAGCAACACCUUUUUUUAGAGGUGUGUACCGUCUGUCCUUUGAAACACACUUUGCCAUUACUUACAUGACCUGCUCUAUCCAUUUUAAAAAUACCUUUGCUCUGGCGGUCAGUGUGGGGUGGAAACUGUGAAUUACAAGCAAUAAAUGUAGUGGAAGAAUUAUUAAGUGUGGGGCUUCUUGAACACAAGCCACACCCCUUCUAAGACUAAGCAACAAAAAUGAUUUUUUGACCAAAACAGCUAUAAUGGCCUCAAUACCAAAAUCCAGCCUUUUCCUCUCUCCCCCCCUCCCUUUGCUUAACAUCCAGCCUGAUGAAGAGUUCAGAGGAACUAAGAAAAACUGCCUAUUAUGUGGCAGCUGGGCUUUGCAGUUUUAUGUUAAUAAUGCAACUUAUUUGGCGGGUUCGUCUCUUGGGGGGGAAAAAAAAAGCCAAUUUAUUCGGCAUGCAGGGAGGGCUUGCCAACGGCAAGAGGGCGGCGCUUGGAGCCUGCUCCUCAAUGCUUCUGGGCAAUAAAUAAAGAAGGUGAAACGGCGUGAGGUGAAUUUGGCCGCCGGGUCUGAGGCAAAGGCCCCGUUUCUCCUGAUAGGCGACCGGAUUCACCUCCUUCCGCGAGAGGAGAAGAAAAAAGGCGGGGAAACUUCGACGGCCCUCCUCCUCCUCCUUCCUCGAGGCCUUGGCGCCCGGCCCGGUCUGGGGACAACUCCCCCCUGAAGCUGAAGCGGAGGCCGCCUUUCCCUUUCGUUUUCCUCGCAGGGCCUACUCCCUUCGCGGCCAUGGAGAACGGGGCGCCGGUCUACGCCGACACCACCGUCCCCGCCGAGCAGCCGCCGGGGAAGGGCCCCCGCUGCACCGGCUGCACCGCCGACAACUUGGGAGCGCGGCGGCUGGCGCUGAAGGCCUCGCAGCUGGUGAGUCGGAGGGAGGGCGGGAUGGCGGCCCUCCUCUUCCCUUUCCCCUCAGCCAGGGCUUCUUUCCCGCCUAGCCGAGGCUGAGGGAGGGAGGGAUUAAACACACACAACACGCUGGGGAAAGGGAGGGAGCCGAGCACGGCCAGGCCCACAGCAGCCUCCGUGAGGGGCUUCGGGACUACUAGCCGGCCUCUCAGCCCGCCUCCCAAGCUCGGGGCUUGCGGCGGAGCCGAGAGGAGAGUCCGCCCGGCCUCAUGGCGGCGCUGCAGCAGCAGCAGCAGCAGGUGCCGCUUUCUUCGCCUCGGACGAGGAAGGGAGAGCGGCCCUGGCGCUUGGCGUCCUCCGAGCUCCGCCCUUGGCUCGCUCGCUGCCGGCGUUUUAGGGUCCUCGGGGCGUGCUUGGAAGGGGAACCCGCAAACGCUCAUGCCAUUGUUUCUCAGCUCAGGGCGCUGGCUGUCGUUGGACUACAACUCCCAUCAUCCCCGGCCGCUGGGCCCGCUAGCUAGGGAUGAUGGGAGUUGUAGUGCAACAGGGUUUUCUCAAAGGGAGUCUUCUGCCGUUGUUGGACUACAACUCUCAUCAUCCCUUACCGCUGGACCCGCUAGCUAGGUAUGAUGGGAGUUGUAGUGCAACAUGUUGGCCCGGUGUUUCUUAAAGGGGGGGUGUCCUCCCGUUGUUGUUGGACUACAACUUUCACCAUCCCUGACCGCUGGCUAGGGAUGAUGGGAGUUGUAGUCCAACAACAAGUUUGCCCAGUGUUUCUCAAACGGGGUGGGGUGGGGUUGUCUUCGUCGUUGGACUACAACUCUCAUCAUCUCUGGCUGCUGGACCUGCUAGCUAGGGAUGAUGGGAAUUGUAGUCCAACAACACCCAGGUUUGAGAAACACUGGGCAAACUCUCCUAUUGUGGCACGGGGCUGGGGGGGCGGAAAUGCAUGGGCACAGCCUCGAUUUAUGUUAGGGAGAGCAGAAUGGAGCUAUCUGUGAUGUGAUUGGUCAGUUAAUUAAGUAUUUUUAUUUAUUGAAUUGGGGAGGGGCAGCUGCCCCGCCCAGUUAUGCCCAGGGAGGAGUGUAGUGUGGCACCUUUCAUACAAACACACAUCUAUAGGGUCAUAGAAUUGCAGUGUUGGUAGGGACCUCAAGGGCCAUCUAACCCAAGAAUCUAACCCUUCAAUGCAGGAAUCUUUUGCCCAACGUGGGGCUUGAACUCGCGUCCCUUAGGUUAAGAGUCUCAUGCUCUACCAACUUCAGCAGCAGUAGAAUCACAGUCAUAGAAUUGUAGGGUUGGAAGGAACCCUGAGGAUCGUCUAGUCCAACCGCCUGCAACGCAGGAAUAUGCAGCUGUUCCAUACAGGAAUCAAACCUGCAACCUUGACUUUAUCAGCACCAUGCUCUGACCAACUGAGCUAGCCUGGGAACCUUUCAUAUAGGGUUCACGUGUAAGUGUGUUGUUGAUUUGAUAAUGAGGAAACACGGCUGUAUGAGCAGAAGUUAUAUUUGUCACCUAAAUGCAGGUGGCUUAAUUUGGGGCUUUUUAUGAGCAGAAGAAACUGCCUUGGGCCCAUUGCUCUGGCUUGGUAUGUAUCUCAUUGUUCUUUGCUGAUCGGUAGUGGCUCUGAAGGGAUUCAGAAGAAGUGUUUUGUCUAGCCCCACAUGGAAAUACCAGGGAUGAACCUGGGGUCUUUCUGCAUGCAAAGCAGGUCUUCUAACAUAGAGAUACAGUGUGUUCUUUCCUUACCAGAAACCCUUAAUUCUCAUGCUCCUUGGUAUGCAAGUGUGAAUAUCUAUAACACAGCUUAAAAUGUGUGGAAACUGAGGCUUAUAUCCUUCUAGGCAGGUGGAUUCAAAAUAUCAUUUUGACUUAAAUUCUCUUUGUUUGCACUGCCUUUGUAAUUGAAUGCACAUACAGUAGGACCACAGCAAAAAAACUCCCCCAAAUAUGGGAGUAUUAUGUCCAAUGUGUGUGUGUCUUUUACAUUUAUCAUACUCCUAUGAUAAAGUGAUUCUAGAAAUAGCUUACAUCAGGCAUAGGCAAACUCCGGCCCUCCAAAUGUUUGGGACUACAAUUCCCAUCAUCCCUAACCACUGGUCUUGUUAGCUAGGUAUGAUGGGAAUUGUAGUCCCAAACAUCUGGAGGGCCUGAGUUUGCCUAUGCCUGGCUUACAUAUAAAAACAGUAGUAUUACAGAGCGCUACUCUUUGUCAAGCUUUUAUUUGUUAUAAUUGUGAUGAUCAUGGCAUACAGCUGAUGAAAACCCCAAAUUAACAAUCUCAGAAAAUUAGAAUAUUAAAUGAAAUCAGCAAAACAAGGACUGCAAAUAGAGCAAUAUUGGACCUCUGAGAAGUAGAAGCAUGCAUAUGUACUCAGUGCUUGGUUUGGGCCCCUUUUGCAUCAAUUACUGCCUCAGUGCGGCGUGGCAUGGAUGCUAUCAGCCUGUGGCACUGCUGAGGUGUUAUGGAAGACCAGGAAGCUUCAAUAGUAGCCUUCAGCUCUUCUGCAUUGUUCGGUCUCAUGUCUCUCAUCUUUCUCUUGGCAAUGCCCCAUAGAUUCUCUAUGGGGUUCAGGUCAGGCGAGUUUGCUGGCCAAUCAACCACAGUAAUCCCAUAGGUAUUGAACCAGGUUUUGGUACUUUUGGCAGUGUGGGCAGGUGCCAAAGUCCUGCUGGAAAAUGAAGUCAGCAUCCCCAUAAAGCUCAUCUGCAGAAGGAAGCAUGAAGUGCUCCAAAAUCUUCUGGUAGAUGGCUGUGUUGACUCUGGACUUAAUGAAGCACAGUGGACAAACACCAGCUGAUGACAUGGCUCCUCAAAUCAACACAGACUAUGGAAACUUCACACUGGACUUCAAGCAUCUGGCUUGUGUGCUUCCCCAUUCUUCCUCCAGACUCUGGGUCCUUGGUUUCCAAAUGAGAUGCAAAAGCUGCUCUCAUCAGAAAAGAGAUUUGGGGAGCCAUGUUUUGCAGUCCUUGUUUUGCUGAUUUCAUUUAAUAUUCUAAUUUUCUGGGAUUGUUAAUUUGGGGUUUUCAUCAGCUGUACGCCAUGAUCAUCACAAUUAUGACAAAUAAAAGCUCGACAUAUCUUGCUUUGCAUGUCAUGAGUCUAUCUCAUAUAUUAGUUUCACCUUUUAAGUUGAAUUACUGAAAUAAAUGAACUUUUGCACGAUAUUCUGAUUUUCUGAGUUUCACCUGUACUCUUACAUAAGCUUAUGCGGGGCUGCAGCCUUGCAGAGGAAUUGUAACCCCCAUAUAUGGUGGCUGGAGAGUUUAAGAUAUGGUGCCCGUCCAUUCCCCCCUGCCCUGGCCGAGCUGACCUCAAUAAUAAAUUACUUACCAUGGUGUAUCUACUUACACUGGGUGAGAGGAAACCCUGUUCAUGGAAGUUAAACCAGUGGAAGUUAUGUUGUGUGUAGAGAGCAAUAAGGUGUGUAUCAAGAGCCAGGGAACUGGCAUAUUGUGGGCAGGGAGAGGGAUAAGCAAAGUUCUGCUGCAUCCUAACCCAUUACACACAGAGCUCAGGAAUGCAGGUAUAACUAUAUUCACCCCAUAGGAGUCAGUGGAAGGGCAGGAAAUGAAGGUUUACACUGCCCCCUCCCCAAUGAAUACACCCUCACCAGAAGCAGUUAGGCUGCAGCUUAAUUUACACAGGAGAUAUGGGGGCAAAGCAGCCCCUGACAUAUUUGCCUGCUUAGGAUUGCUUGCUCCGUCCCUAGCUGAAUUUCAGAGAGUGGUAUGCUGUUCAAAGCACAGCAUGGAAAGCUGGGAGAUUUUUACAGCCCUCCCCACUAGCAUGCAUUUCCCCACCUGAAAUGUCUGGUAGACAUGUAGCAUGGUCUGUAUGAAAGCCACAACAAAAAAAUUUUUUGUUCUCACAGUAGUGCUUGACUUCUUAAUUGCUACUCUUCCUAUGUGCAGCGUAGCCUUGUGGCACCUUGAAGGCUCAUUUAUGAUGGCAUAAGCUUCUGUGGACUAGAGUGAGCCCAUCCCCUUCAUCAGAUGCAGGAACUGUUUUCAUCAGAUGGCAGGUAAUAACACACACAUAUACAGCCGUACUUCGGUUCUUGAACAGAAUGCGUUUUGGGAGUCCGUUCGACUUCCAGAGCUGUUCGAAAACCAAGACGCGGCUUCCGAUUGACUGCAGGAUCGUCCUGCAGCCAAUGGGAAGCCGCGCCGGAUGUUCGGCUUCCAAAAAUCGUUCAAAAAGCGCAACACUCACUUCCGGUUUUCGAUCGUUCGGGAGCUGAAAUGUAUGAGUUCUGGGGCAUUCGACAACCAAGGUACGACUGUACAUUGUCGUCGUCGUCGUCCCCCCGCAUGCCCAUGUGGGUGCAUAUUAUAUAUGCACACAAGCAUGCCUAAUGCACCUGCCACCUAAAGCUAACACCUCUUGUAUCUAAUGAAGUCCUCUCUGUUCUACAGACUUUUAUGCCAUAAUGAAUCCAUUAGCCUUUAAAUUGCCACAAAUCUCUACAUUGUUUUCAUGGCUACCGACUAAUAUGGCUACACCCUUUGGAAGUUGCUACUUAGUACAGUUUUUGUCUUUAUUAAAAUUAGUAUCUAAGUUGGAAGUGAGAUGUUUCUUUUCAAGGCAGCACUUCUGAUACAAGUAAAGCAGAUUUCCUCAUCACUUGAUACACCUUGAUACACCUUUUGUCACAGGGGAAAUUCAUUCUGCUUCAACUCCAGGCCAGCACAGUAACUUCUGUAUUUUAUACAGAUAUAGCUUAGUCAGUAGAGCAUGAUACUAUUAUCGGGUCGGGGCUUCGAGCCUCAUGUUGGGCAAAAGAUUACUGCAUUUCAGGACAUUGAACUAGAUGACCCUCAAAUUCAAUAAUGAUGAUGAUGAUGAUGAUGAUAAUAAAUUUAUUAUUUAUACCCCACCCAUCUGGCUGGGUUUCUCCAGCCACUCUGGGUGGCUUCCAACAAAGUAUUAAAAUACAGUGGUCUGUUAAACAUUAAAAGCUUCCCUAAACAGGGUUGCCUUCAGAUGUCUUCUAAAAGUCUGGUAGUUGUUUUUCUCUUGAACAUCUAGUGGGAGGGCGUUCCACAGGGCGGGUGCAACUACUGAGAAAGCCCUCUGCCUGGUUCCCUGUAACUUGGCUUCUCGCAGCAAGGGAACCGUCAGAAGGUUCUAAGAUUCUAUGAAUUUAAAACAUUUUGAUACCAGCCUUAAUUGAUCCACUACAAUCUACAGCAGACCACCCAGAUACUACACAGCCUGCAAAUACCUGGGUGAACAGAAGGGUCUUUAGCAAUCAUCCAAAGCACAUCAAAAUGCUUAUUUUAGAGGGGAGGUGAUCCAACAAAGGCUGGGAGCACCAAAGUGGAACAGCUCCUCCCCAGGGUUUUCUACCAAGAGGGCCUCAUGCAGAGAUCUUAGCAUAUUUGUGUGGAAUGCUAUUCCAGGAGAGAUUAAGUACACAGCUUCUGCAUUCAUCUUAAAUAUUUGAUGAAAACUUUUUAAUACCACCAUCAAUUAAGGAAAAAAUAAUAAUUCUGUAAUAGCUAGCUGGUAAUCUGCAACAAUAGCUUUAUGUGGUUUUUAUUGUAUAUAUAAUUGUUGUGAACUGCUCUAAUAUUCUCCCCACCCCGAAAUCGUGAUAUGUUAAGUAUGUUUUGUAAAUCAAUAAGGACAGGUCUGUAUAGGAGAAGUUGUUCUUUCAAAUAUCCAGCUCCCAAAUUGUUUACGGCUUUAAACAAAAGAACCUCAUACUUUGGCUUGGUGAUAAAUUGGCAGCUGGUGCAGUUCUUUCAGAAGUGAUAAUGCAUGCUUGCAUUAAGAUGGCCCUCCUCAUCUACUGCGUUUUGCAGUUCCUGCAGCUUCCAAAUCUACUUUUAAGGGCAGCUCCACACAGAGUAUGUUACAGUAAUCUAGUCUUCAUAGAAUUCUAGUGUUGGAAGGGACCACAAGGGUAAUCUGGUCCAACCCCGUGCAAUGCAGGAUUAAGAGACGCAUGCUCUACUGACUGAGCAAUCCCAACUGGUAACCAGUGCUUGGGCCACCGGUGCCAGGUUAUCCCACCAACUGAAGCUGAGGGAAGACGCUUUUAGUCACCAUGGCCACUUGGGCCUCUGGUCACAGUGAUAGAUCUAGAACAGGCAUAGGCAAACUCUGGCCCUCCAGAUGUUUGGGACUACAACUCCCAUCAUCUCUAGCUAACAGGACCAGUGGUUAGGGAUUAUGGGAAUUGUAGUCCCAAACAUCUGGAGUUUGCCUAUGUCUGAUCUAGAAGCUGGUUCAGUAAGAUACCAGGGUCAGUGGUAUCAAAAGGAUAAAGAAGUGCUGCACUAAGACUGAUCUAGUUCUGAAACCAGGCUAGAUUAGAAGGCUUCCAUAAGUGAAUAUUGGAAAUAAUAGGAAGGCUAUUACUCUACCACAUGAUUUUGUUCCUGUGCAGCAAGACUCCACCCUCGAGACCAUAGCUGGGAGGGUAGGGAUUGGAUAUCAUCUGGGAAAUUCGCAGUUGUAAUGAAGCACUAGGCCACACAGUGCGGUACAAAUGACAGAGUUUCCAGCUCUGGGGAUUUCAGGUGUGUCUCCAAGGACACUUCUUUUAAACUUCAAAACACCAAGCUCCCAUGCACCCCAAAGCUAGGCAAAUCCAACCCCACAUAUUCCAGGAAUAUUCCUCCAAGUGACUUGUUCCGCUUUUGUGAUGAAGAAGCUAGUCGUUUUACCUGUGUAAACUUAAUACCAUACGUUAACAUUUCAGGAGCUCUGACGAAAGCUAUGACCCUUUUCUCUUGAGGUUCCCCACCCUAAAUAUAUUAACGUAAACCCUUUUAUGUACAGGGCAAAUGCAGCCCACCUUUGUCCCCCAGUGUCGAAAUAUGCUAAGUGCCUGACCUACUUGCCUCCUAAAAAUGUGGUUCUGGUGCCUAAAAUUCUGAACUGCUUCUUCAGCUCUGUGCAGUGUUCAUAACUUGAAUUUGGUUUGUUGGCUUCUGAACAAUUGGUUGCUGGUGACUCUUUGCUGCCCUGUUUUGUCCACCAGCAAUUGUUUGUAGAUAAAUAGUGUUGGCAUGUGGUUCAUUUUGCAAUGUGGUUAUUAGGCAAUUUAAGAGACCAGUUCAUUCUGGUGUUUUCUAACUAAUCGGCUUACACAAUGCAUCUCUUUUUUCCUCCCACCUCACACACCUGCUUCCUGGUCUUGCUUAGUGCAUUUGCCUCCACACAGCCGUGGUGUUUCUGCAUGUCCCUCUUUCUGUGGCUUAAAUAUUAAAUAAGCUUGCAUGGUCUCAAUAUAGCUGCCUUUUUGAGGAAAUUGGUAGAUGGAGGUCAUUUCCCAAAUGUGAGGACUUACAAGGUAAAUAAAUGAAAGCCAACAGUCCACUUUGAAAGGGGAAACCCAUCUGUUAGAUUUUGUGUGUUUUUUAAAUCACAUUUGAGAGAAUGGAAUAUUUCCCAUUACAGUAAGAUACCAGAAUCGAAAUGACUUAAGAAACCAAUAAUCCCACAAUACUGUGGUGGUUUCAGAUUUAAACUUUGUGUUCACUUUGAUUUUUUUAUUUAGUGCAGGAAAGCCGCGGUCAUUUCACCAUGAAAUGCAAAGUAUUUGCUACCUUUGGACACAGACUGUAAGGAAAAAUCUUCUUUGUUUUCCAUGACAUAUACACUGUAUAAAGCAGUGUAUGUCUACCUUCCAGGGUAAAGGUAAAGGGACCCCUGACCAUUAGGUCCAGUCGUGGCCAACUCUGGGGUUGCGGCGCUCAUCUCGCUUUAUUGGCCAAGGGAGCCAGCGUACAGCUUCCGGGUCAUGUGGCCAGCAUGACUAAGCCGCUUCUGGCGAACCAGAGCAGCACACGGAAAUGCCGUUUACCUUCCUGCCGGAGCAGUACCUAUUUAUCUACUUGCACUUUGACGUGCUUUUGAACUGCUAGGUUGGCAGGAGCAGGGACUGAGCAACGGGAGCUCACCCCGUCGCAGGGAUUCGAACCACUGACCUUCUGAUCAGCAAGUCCUAGGCUCUGUGGUUUAACCCACAGCGCCACCCGCAUCCCCACCUUCCAGGGUAUGUCACUUUAAAACUUACAGCCUCUCUGGUUGCCCUUACUUCCAAGCAACCAAACUACAGAACUCGCCCCACAGUUCACAAUGCUCUGAGCAGACCAUACUCCAGCUAGCAGUAAUAGACCAAGCAAUUUUUAAAAAUUAACACCUACCCAGCCUAAUCUCCUGGCUCCUAAAGGUGUUAAGAACACCUUCCUAACUAGCAGCAACUCAGCCAAUUAGUUACACUGGGCAGUUUGUCACUCAAGGCCUCCUAGGUGCAAACUUCCUAAAUGUGGAAUAUUGUCCCUAUAUUUCUUUGUCCCUACAGGAUGCUGCAUCAAGGUUUUUAAGCCAUGGAUGCUUUAGCUGAGAUUCCUGCAUUUCAGGGGGCUGGACAAGACAACCCUCAGGGUCCUUUCCAACUCUACGGUUCUGUGAUUCUACGUUGACUCUACAUUGGGUGACACUAUCUGUCAACAGGACUGUCUCCCAACAAUCUUUGGUUGUUGAUGACUUCUUGGGUUUUUGCUUUGCUUUCGCAAGCAUAAAUUCUGUUCUAAAUUGCAAGACUGAAUACUACCGGGGAGGAAAAGCCAUUGACACUGUAUAUGGUGUAAUCACUUCUUAUCUGGUGGUAUGAAAGUGUUAUGGUUUUGCACACAGUACAGCCGUGGUACAUGCAGAUGCAUUUCUGUAACCAAUACUGUUUGCAUAUCACCAGGAAAUAAAUUUUCUGCAUCAUACACAUGGGUGUAUGGUGAUGUGUGGCCGUAUCAGUGCUUCCUAGCAGGAAUUGGUAGGUAUUGUACUUCUCACUAGCCCUUCCAAAGCCAAAACUUGACUACAGAGAACUGUGCAUCAAGCAUGGGCUUGGCACACUGGAGAGGAAUAUAGGAAGCUGUGCCAUAUGAGGUCAAGCCACUAGUCUAUCUAGCAUUGUAUCAUUCACAUGGACUGGCAACAGCUCACCAGGGUAUGGCCAGCACCUCUCCCAGCCCUACAUGGGCAUACCAGAGAUUGAAGCUUUGACCUUUUGCAUUUCAAGCUUGUACUUUACAACUGAGCCCUGGCUCUUUGUGAGGCAGUGCUCAGCUGGUAGGUGGAUAAUAUACAUGACAGCUGAGUUUUUAGCUGGAAGAGCCUAGUAGUGAGCAUCUGUGCUUUUCACAAGCUUAAUUGAGCUUACAGUUGGCAGGUAGUUUUGGCAGCCUCCAAGUAUACUGCUGGAGGAAGGAUCUGUACUGAUGCAUACUCAGACAGCUCUGAUAACUUGUCAAGAGUUGGAACCAAUAAAAUUGGUCAUGUGCACGAGGCUUCUUCAUCAGUUCCAUUUCUAUCUACAUGGACAAAGGUGUAUUAAUUAUAUCACUGCUGCUGCUAAUUUUCAGCCACAUUAACGAACAAGAAAUUGGAAGCUUGCAUUCUAGGAAGAACAGCUGAGAGCAAUCAUCCAUGUGCAUUGAUUUCUUAAGAAUAUCUGCUGUUGCUUCAGUCAUAGCAUCACUAAUCAGGGCUGGGAAAAUGUCAGUCCUAUGCUGGAGUAUUUUACUUUGAUACUACAAACUUGAUGCUUAGUAGAAAUUGGAUAUGGAUAUUUUCAUGCCCUCUUCUGUGCCAUUGAAAUAUGUGUCAAGUAGAAGGAAUUGAUCCAUUCUAGAAUUUCACCAGAUUCCAGAUUACUUUGCACAUUUAUUGUGCAAGGCCAAUUGAUGUUAUUUCUGUGUAAGGCUUGGAUUUAAUCACCUACAGUAAAUCUGUUUUGAGGCAGAGCUGUUGGACAAUUUAUACGUGCUUCUUUUUGUUGUUGUGCAGCAGUGAUUGCUGGUAUUUAAACAAAGAGUGCAAAAACUGAAAGUAAAACAAAGCAGGAGUCAUAUUGUCCCCUGUUCCCUCAGCAAUUGAGAGACGAAGGCAAGAGGCAGUCAGGAAAUGGACUGCAGUGAGAUAGACAAUAAGUGGAAGAAUUCAUAUGCAGCUGACUUCUGGAAAUGAGAAUCUGGGGCAGUGUGGCAUUACCCAAGUGUUCUUGGAAAGACACAUGAAUGUCAUUUUCCUUUGUUUUCAGAUAAAGCAGGGAAUCUUAGAAACUCUCCCGUGACUUAUAAAUAUUGUCAAAAUAGUCUUCAGACCAAGAAUUGCCCGCAGUGGAGAUUCUUAUUCCCAAGAACAUGCAUUGCAAAACUGGCUGGCAAUCACAUGCCAUCAUAUUUAGUUUUCUGCACCUUUGAGGUACUUUGCAGUUUGCCCCUACAGUUGCCGGGGAAAUGGACGCUUUAAUGCAAUCGAGAAGCAUGCUAGCGUGUGUGACUCAAAUGUCUCUAGUUCAGCUAACAUCCUGUGAAAUGGGAACUUUUAAAGAACAUUUCUCACAAGGUUGCAGGAGAUAAGAUUGUAAAGCAUUCUAGAUCUUAAAAGUGCUUUCAUAAACAUAGUGCUUGAGUCGUGGUAACUGCCUUCCUGCUGAAGGGAUGUUCUAACAGCCAGUGGUUUUCUUCUUCUUCUUCUCCAACAGGUCCUGUCCUUCCUAGCCUUCUUGUGUGAAGAAAUCGUGCAACAUUGCAGCAGUUGCGGUGGCCUUUACUUCUUUGAAUUUGUCAGCUGCAGUGCCUUCCUCUUGAGUAUCCCGAUUCUGGUUACAUAUUGCACUUCUUUGUACGAGAGGACAGGGAAGGAGAAAGUAGCAACUGUGGUAAAGGGAGCCGCUUUUUAUAUAUGUUAUGAAUAUCAUAAUUUUUAACAGCCAUAGGCAUGCUCAGGAUUAGUCAACAUGGCCUUGCCUCAGCACUUAGAGGAGUCUGGAAAAGUUGCAGUUAGGAAAAUCCAAACGUGUAUUGGCUACUUUCAUGCUAAUUUACUGAGAAUGUCAGCUGGUUGGCAGGGCAUAGAACCUGUCCGACAAGGAACAGUGAUGGCAGCUCAUGUUUACAGGGUCUACUGCCACCACCCCAGGGGGUUGCCUGUGGAACAAUGACGCUGCUAGGACGACGAGGCGAGAUGGGUAAAGGUAAAGGACCCCUGACAGUUAAGUCCAGUCGAGAACGACUCUGGGGUUGCGGCGCUCAUCUCGCUUUACUGGCCAAGGGAGCCGACAUUUGUCCGCAGACAGUUUUUCCGGGUCAUGUGGCCAGCAUGACUAAGCCACUUCUGGUGAAACCAGAGCAGUGCACAGAAACACCAUUUACCUUCCCGUCGGGGCGGUACCUAUUUAUCUACUUGCACUUUUUGGCAUGCUUUCGAACUGCUAGGUUGGCAGGAGCUGGGACCGAGCAAUGGGAAUUCACCCCGUCACGGGGAUUCGAACCGCCAACCUUCUGAUCAGCAAGCUCUAGGCUCAGUGGUUUAGAUCACAGCGCCACCUGCGUCCCAGGCAAGAUGUGUAGCAGUGCCUAUAUUAAGGGUGGGGGUCCUUUUUCAAAUCAAGGACCACUUCGCUUUCUUGGUUAAUCUUCCAGGGGUUACAUGUUAGCGGAUGGCGUGGCUAGAGACAACUGUGGGUGGAGCAACCAAUGUGGCCUUUGCACAGUUGGCGACAUUCCAGGGGCUGCUAAUGCACACACCGCCACCCUUCAUUCCUACAAGCAAGAAGCAUUAUUGUUACAGUUCAAAGACACAUUCCAACCAGGCAAAAGCCCCAAAGGCGGGCAGGAAAACUACAGAGGACAGGGGGUAUGGUCUGGGAAGCAGGCAUUUCAUUUCGCGACCCGUACCUACGGUUCUCUACUCUCUGCUUUACAAGCCAAGCAUGUGUCAUGUUCCUUUGUUUGCAUGGGUUUGCAAAAGCUUUUUAUAUCUCCAGAGGUUACCAGUUAAGAUGCAUUUAAAGCAUCUUAGUAGCCUUUAGUAGUAUGCUUUACUACCAUGCAUCACUAGUACACAUUUUUCACAUCCAAGCUUCCUUUUGACAUUUUCCUAAUGAAUACCAUCAGCACUGAAGUUUUUGCUUCCUAAUUUUCUCAGCUUGGUUUUGGUGUCUAUAUUUACCUUUGAAGUUGGUAGAAGAAAUUAUGUUGAGCAUUUAUAGUUAAAAUAGUUGGAGGGCAAGAGGGGCUUUACUUUGAAAGCAAGCAUGGCAAACUGGUCACAGUGGCACACUUUGAGCUGGGUGAAUGCAGUUUCAAAUUCCACUCAGCCACAAAUGUACUGAGUUGCCCGGAGCAAGCCAUUAGCUCCCAACUUCACUUUCCGUCUGUAAAAUGGGAAUAUUGGUGAUCUCCCUUGGCAGGUAUCUUUGAGGGACAACAAGGUAAAGGAUGAGGCAUUUCGUGCAUCAAAAGUGCAGUAGUACUAGAUUAUAGAAAUAUUUUUAUGCGUUAUAAUUUUUAUUGUGUGCUAGGAAAAAGGAGCAAAAAAAACAAAGAAUAAAUAAUAAUUCUGAAGUUACCUUUCACUUUUUUUUCUUUUGUAGGAUUUCUUGAUUGUUUCAAUAGUGGCGGUCUUUUUCCUACUAGCUUCAAUUGUGUUUGCUGCAACCAACGAUAAUACACCCCCUGAAACCGCUGCUAUUGUAAGUACUUUUCUCCUCAUUAUUUGUGUUCAAUAUCUCAUGUGUGGAAUCAGUUUUGCAUUUUCAGGCCUUCCCUUCUGUAUGUAUAGGAAGAUGUGGCACAGGUGAUGCAAAAAGAACGCAGUAGGAUGCUGCUGCUACUGGGGCUGUUAAGACCUAGUGAAAAAGUUGCUGCGGAAUAACUUUUAAGAGUCAAUUGAAAAUUGCUUCAUUCCUCGCAUGUGGCUUCCCCUCUGCCCGAAGCCUCUGAUUAUUAGCCCAUUUGGGAAGAAAACCUCUUGUGCAUCUUGUCUAUCUGGGUAGUCUGGGUGUUAUUUUUAAAUUUGGUGUUCACUACAUACUUGUCUUUUGAUAAAGAUGGGUUAUUCUUGCUCUCUGCACCCUUUCUUUCUACAGGGGAUCUAGUAACAAAAGAAAAAUAUCAGUGCCUCAGGUCAUUUUAUGAGUUAUGUUAUCCAGGGCUGACAACUUAAGAUUUGGGCAGGGAUUUCUUCAGACAUCCUAAAGUCUAGAUUGGGGCUUGUUGAUGCUAGGGGAAAAUUCACCCCAUCUGGGUUUUGUGUGUGAAAUGAUGAAUACCCCUAGCUGUUUUGUACAGCCUGCACCACAACAUCAUGUCUGAUCCCAGUUGUUUUCUUGUGCUAAAAUGAGGACCUCUGAGAAUAGUUAUUACAAUUGCCAUGAUUUCCCUUCAGUGCUACUGAUGGUUCCCAUUUGAACAAAGGUUGUGCUAGUUAUAAAUUUUCUACUAGGUCAUUCCCUCCUAGUUCCUCUUGCCAUUUAAAUAAAAUGUUUAGCCUUGAUGUUCUUAUGCACUUUCCUUUUAAUGGUUUUUCCCUUUCUUUUUCUUAAUAAUUGCCCACAGCCCACAAACGUUGCACACCCAUCUGGCUGUGUGCCAGACUGCUGCACCACGCUUUUAAAUCUAAGCUUGCCCCCAAAGUGCAUAUCAUCAUGAGAAGAUGAUAAUGCAGACAGGAUGCACAAAGCUUUUGACAGGUGCUGCACUGUGAAAAGCCAGGAAAUAAACCAAAUGAAACAAUGUGUUGAAGGGAGGUACACUGGCAGAAGCACAGAAUGCACUUGUGGAAAUAAAUACAAGUGGAAAUGCAGCACUGCAGUAGCAAAAAAAACCCCCAAUGCUUUCAGACUAGCUCAACAUACGCCAGAUGCACUGUGCUGGUGAGUUAGAGGGUUGGUACGCUGCUUUAGGAAGUUAGUAGUGUUUGCAUUAGGGACACGGGUGGCGCUGUGGGUUAAACCACAGAGCCUAGGACUUGCCGAUCAGAAGGUCAGCAGUUCGAAUCCUCGCGACGGAGUGAGCUCCCGUUGCUCAAUCCCUGCUCCUGCCAACCUAGCAGUUCGAAAGCACGUCAAAGUGCAAGUAGAUAAAUAGGUACCGCUCCAGCGGGAAGGUAAACGGCGUUUCCGUGUGCUGCUCUGGUUUGCCAGAAGUGGCUUAGUCAUGCUGGCCACAUGACCCGGCUCCCUCGGCCAAUAAAGCGAGAUGAGCGCCGCAACCCCAGAGUCAGUGACGACUGGACCUAAUGAUCAAGAGCUUCCAAAUCGCACAAUGUCUUUAUGGCAGCAUAGAGCCACACACUUUUCUGCAGCUCACACUUCAUCAGACAGUGCAACAUAUGGCUGUGCAGGGAUUGCCAAAGCUGGGGCUGCCACAAAACUGUGACUUAGUAGGCCUAAUAAAUUUCAGUGAGAUGGGGCAAGCAUGUCGUCUCUGAAUCUAAGGGGAGAAACCUGUGCUGUACUUGGGGCUCACUGUGUGGGAGAUCUACCUUCAUUGCAGGUGGUCUUGUAAAAAAAAAAAUCCAGUUAAAAUGGCACCAGCUUACAUUUAUGAUCCUUUUAUUAGGGAUUGGAGAUAUAUGGACCAGCUGGUUUCCUCUUGUUUUGUUCCUGGAUGUCUUACCGGGCCUCCUGCUCUCAUCUCAUUCUCUUAGUUUGCACUGCCUAUUGGCAGUAGUUCCAAACACUUCCGUUUUUCAAAAGCCGCAAAGUGCCUUUCAGCAUUCGUCAUUGGCAAGUUUUAUAGCAGGGAUGGGAAAAGGGCUACAUCCUUUUCUGGGCAACGUUUUGGUGGCCCAUGUGUCCGUGGUGGGUGGAGCCAGAGCCAAAGUGGGUGGAGCAAUGAAUGCUUUAUGUUUUGCACAGGUGACUGGUAGAAACUCACACAUCCCUCUCUAUCCUUCAUUUAGGCAAGCAUUAUCAGAGUUGAAGGGCACAAUCCAGCCAGGCAGAAGCACUUAAGGAGGGUGCAAAGAUGGGCCAGGGAGGGGUGUGGCUGAGCAGGAGGAGAGUCAUCAGGGCCAGAAUCCCACCCCUUUUUUUAUAGAGACCAACAGGAAAAUGUACCUGGAGAUAAUCAGACUAUUCUUGUAUACUUUUGAAUCUCAGUUGAAGUUUGUUUAUAUAGACUCUUCUCACACUUUAACAGGUAUUUGGCUUUCUCGCAACGAUAACGUUUUGUGUGGACGCUGUUCUGAUGUAUCUGAAGAGGCGUAAGGCAAAAGAAGAGAGAAAGCCAGAAAACCCAGCCAAUACACUGAAUCCGACAGAGAAUCAGCCACUGAAUAACUAG